AGACCACUGACAUGAAAUAAAUAUGAAAGUUGAUAGAUCUAAAUUAAAGAAAUCCUCUUCGGAGGUGGUAAGUAAGGUUAAUCAACAAAAUUAAUGAGAUUUAUAAAAAUUAAAAGGAUAUGAGCGAAACAAAGUGUGGGAAAGCCUUAAAAAAGGACGCAACAAAGCAACGAAUGUGUCAGCUAACAAAAAAACAGUAUAAACAAUGUUAAAUAAAAAUAUAUUCUUGAAAAUUUAUCUUGCUGUCCUCUCAAAUACUACAUAGCAGCUAAGUGUUUAUUUUUAUUUUAUAUUGUUUUUACCGUUGUUUGUUUGCUGAAGAAGGCUUCUUGCAGACAUGUUCGUUGUUUUUUGUGACCUUUAUUGAAGUUUUCCCUUACUUCGCUUCGCUCUUUACCUAACUUGGCUGCAGUCUUAUCAUUUAUAAAAAUUUAAAAAAUUUUUUUUUAUUAAUGCCAAGUCCAAUUAAUUUCCAAGUAUAUCUGUAAUAACAGUUUUUAAAAAUUUUGUUUAAAAUAUUAAUUGUAUAGUCUAUAAUAAUAAUUCCUGAGGUGACAUUGUACGCCCUAAGGAAAGUUAACACAGUUUAACACCCUUUUAAAAGUAUUAACAGCUUAAAUUCCUCAACUAAAGAUUUUGCAGUUACAAAUGACAGUAUUAUUUCUAUUAUUUACACAAUUUAUUCUUUAAUUUGCAAUUUUACUAUUUGGGAUACCCAGUGGUUACAACAAUUUAGUGGAUCUUUCCAAUUUUACAUUUGCAAUGCUGUUGCAUUGCCUGAGCUAGUUUAUAAAUAAAAUACAAUUUUUUAAAUAUAUUCAUAUUGUAAUACUGUUUUUACCAGCCUGCAGAUUGCAAGGUUCUAAUUGACAAACUGAAAAGCUUAUCUUCAGAUGACCUUUUUAAAGAACUCAAAGAUAUCAAAGCAUGGACCUAUGGAAAAGUGUGUAAUUCAUAUAUAAAUAUAGUUUUUCUGCUCUUUAAUUUGGGAAAGGGAACAUGACAGACCGGGUUUAUUGAAAAAAAUUAUAGAAAAAAUGUUUACAAAUUUUAAGUAUGAUAUUGGUAAAAUGAAGCCAAGUAGGAUAGGCAUUGUGACCUUUCCAAAUAUAUAUCAGCAAGGAAAGAAUUGUACAGUACAGAAAAUUGUUGGUGUCAAAAUUAAUUUUAGAGAUAUAUAUUUGAUAUUUUUAAAAAGCGAUUAAGAAAUAUCAGCAUUGGUAAUCAGGCCAGUUAUUGUUAUCAGGGGAUAUAAUUCUAAAAUGUUUUUAAAAAUAUUUCAGUGCGAGCUAUAUCAUUGGGCAGAUAUUUUGGAUGUGUUUGAUGCCAUCCUAGAGAAGUCAUGCACCAAAGAAAGUGACAAGAAAUGGACUUUCCACUGUGACUUGCAGGGAAGUGAGCAGGUGUGCAUUCAAAUAUUAUGACAUGAUUGUAUAAUAGCAACAGUUUGGUUGUCACCUUUUUAGAAGCUUCUUUAUUCAGUUAUUUUAUGUUGCUAUUCUUUCAUGGUGUAGCAUAGCUUGAAUGGAGACUUUGACGUUAUUUAAGUCCAGUUAUUAUUUCCACUACAACUUACUGUUUCCAAAUUUUGAUUUUAUAUGUGAACUGGUAACCAUAUUUUAUAAAAUUAGGCUUACAUAGAUAUUUUAAAGAUCAUUAUAUAUUUACACAGCUGAAGAAACUACUCUUGGAAAUUUUACGGUUCACUGCCCUGUUGAUUGAACAUAGCUUCUCUAGACACCUUUAUAAUUCAAUGGACCAUUUGACUACUUUAUUGACAUCAUGUGAUAUGAGUACAGUUCUCUAUGUGUUAAAUCUACUGUAUGUCUUUAGGUAAAUAUGAAUUCUACUUUCAUUUUACUGCCCAACCUUUUAUUUUGAAACAAUAUCUUAUAAUUAAUAAAUUUAUUGUUUAAUUUAGUUGCCUCCUGUAAUUGUUAUCCCAUUUAUUUAAUAAAAUAUUGGCAUAUAAAAAAAUUAAACUUUGACAUCCGUUCAUAACAUCACCCCAAAAAGUUUAAAAACUGCUUUGUUAAAAGUAUUACUUUUGCAGUAAAUAAAAUAAAUUAAAUUAAAUUUUUCUUGAAGCUGAGAGGGUAGGGUGACAAUAGAGAUUAAGCAUAUAUUUUAUUUAUUAAAAUUUGUAUGUAUUCCCUUUCUUUGAUUCAGUCAGGAAGAAAUCAUAUCUUUUUAGCUGAGCAAACCUUGCAACUGAAAUGCAAUUUUCUUUAAUUUUAAGAGUAAAUAAAGUACUGCAUUUCUCCUGAAAUCUAUGUUACAAAAACAUUAUCUUUGUGUUAACAGCAAACGUUCUAAUUUCAUCACACGCAUGAACCCUGAAAAGAAACAGGGUCUUAUCCAAAGGUUAAUUCAUUUGGCAGAGGUAAGCGGUUUGGUAAUUUAUUUGUCGGUAGUUUAGGACAGAUUUUUUUGCUCUCUCAGAAAAUAGUAAACAUCUCAUAUACAUUUUGCUUCUGGUGUGGGUUCUACCAUUUCACAAACGGCCCUUCCCCAUCUUAACAUGUUUCAUAAUAAUAGCACUAAGUGAUAAAAAAAGCUGUCAAACAGUUGGUGUCAUUCAUGAUGGUUGAACUUAGGUAAAACGUUAGAAUUUUUCCCGGAGGUGACUAUUAUAUAAUCAGUAAAGAGGGACAGGUAUGGUGUAGGACUGUUUGCAGGACUAUUGUUUAAAUGCCAGCAGGUAGUGUGUAGAACUGUCUCUUGGCCUGUUGUUUAAAGGCAGGCAGGUAGUAUAUAGGACUGACUAUAUAUGCCUAUUGUUUAAAGGCCGGCAGGUCGGGUGUAGGACUCUCUGUAGGUGUAUUGUUUAUAUUAUGGAAAAUGAGAAGUUCACUCUUUUUUUGUAACACUUGGACCCACUGGGUAUUUGCUCAAAAUACCCCGGCCCGGUGUAAAAAAAAACUGCACCUGGUUAAGUCAAAAUGUUAACUAAAGUAAAAAUUUGUGUACACCUUUUCAAUCUUUUAACAUGAAUAAAAUAUAGGAUCUGAUAAGAUAUGAUUAAAUGCCUUUACAUUUAAAAAAGAAAAAAAAGAAAGGCUUUAAUUAAAGAAUUAAAUUAAAAAGACAAAGGUUAACCAUAAUACCUGUAUACUAAAUAUAUACCCAUUUGUUUUCUUGCUUUCACCCAGAGUUGGGGUGGCAAGGAAAAUGGCUUUGGAUUGGCUGAGUGCUGCCAAGACCUUCCUUCUGGGGUAAGUAGCAAUAAGUUAUACCCCAUAGUACUUAAUAUUCUCAAUUCAAAUUGGGGAAUUAAUUCAGCACGUUACCUUAGAUCCACACAUCCGGGUGAAGAAGAGGUGAACUGAAAGUCUAUCUUGCUCUGUAGACCAUGUCAUCCAUCGCCCAAACAACCUUACCGGCUGUUCAUGGAGUGUGCUUGAGUCAUAAGCGUGCAACAUUAUUGUACCUCUGUUCUACAGGUUCAUAUGCUUGUUGUACUAGGACUUGCUCUUUAUCCACACUACAUCAAGUUGCCUGUAUAUAGGGACACCUCUUUUUCAUAAACCUUUUAUUUCACUUGUCACCUGAGCAGAGUCACCAUAGUUCUUUGAUAGUUAAUCAUUUUGAUCAUCUCUAAGCCAGUAAUUUAGGGAGCUGAGUUUCUGUCACAGCUUACUCAUUGUAAUUUUUAAGCUAUCCAUUUGAUCAAUCUGAAAUAUUUUCUAUGCAUCAGAACUUGCAGGACUAGAUAUAAAACUGCACAAUAUAAAUAUUUAUAUACCUAAAUUUUAUGAAAGUAUUCUGUAGCCUCACAUGAGCAAUGAGAAGAUUAUCAAGCUGUCAAAUUAAAAAAUCAAACUUAAACAAAAUAACUUUAUUAUAUUCAUGGGUAAAGCAAUGCUCGUGUGAAGAAAAUGUUUUGUCUUGAGAAAAAAACAACAUCCCUUUUCUAUAUUUUUAAAACAUUAUUAUAGACAGUAACUGUUGUAAUAAGAUUUAUUCACUUUUUAUUUAUUUAUUUUAAUUGUUGCUUUAUCAAUAAUGUCAAAACAUUUAUAUUAAAAAAAUUAACCUGAUCUUUCGAUUUGUCUUCAGUUUACCUAAUUAAUUUGAAGCAUUUAGUUCCUGUUAAACUCUUUUUCCAAGUUUUUAAAUUCACUUAUUUUUUCCCUUUAAAAUUAUAUCAACUUUGGACUUAGUACCGGGUACCUAUAUUUGUCACUUAAUGGUGGGCAGUGUAAAUAAUCUCUGCUUAUAUUAAUUUCCUUAGAGAGGCUAUCAGAUAUAAUCCAUUGUUACAUACUCAUACAUUUCAUCAGGCUCUUUUUUGUAUAUUAUUUUAUUUAGUUUUUAAAAAGCUCAUAACAUAAAAGUUGUGUUGUUAUAUUUAAACUUUAAUAUUGAUUAGUAAAUUAAAUAUAAAAAUAUUAAGUCCUUAAGUUAACACUCCUUUUUUUCUUGUUUGAAAAAUAACAACUUUUUAUCGUUGUAGGCUUUGUUUCUUGACUUUCAUUAUUUUAAAAUAGUUAUAUAAAAAUUGCACAUUACCUUAGAUCCACAUAUCGGGGUGUGUAAGCGUUGAAGUAAGUGCUCUAUAGGCCUUGUCAUCCAUCACCCAAACAACCUUAGCGGCUGUUCAUGGAGUGUGCUUGAGUCAUAAGUGUGCAAGACUAUUGUACCUCUGCUCUAUAGGUUUAUUGGCCAGUUGUUCAUAGGGCAUUGCUCUUAACCCUUUUAUGACAGGCUACCUAUUCACAGGGACAUAUUUAUUGUAACAUUAACAUGUUCUAUUUCAGUAAUAAUUAUCAAAUCUAGUAGUUGUUAUUAUAAUCAUUAAGUUAGUUGUUCAAUCUUUUUUACACAUGCUAUCAUUCAAUCUUUCAAGUGUCACAGGCUUGAAUGUCAAAUUUACAUCCUUUGUACUUAUAAACUAAAAAAUAAAUACUAAUUGAGUCAGAUGAGGUCAUUGUAUUGGUAUAUUUCAUGAGAUACUUUUCGUUAAUUUCUUUAAGAGAGCUAGAGAUAAAUCAAAUUUACAUCUAGCCUGCCAUCCACAGAUUAUUCGCACAUAAAAAAAAAAGUUAGGUGUGAAAGUUUUUUUGUUUGUUUGAUCAAAUCCUAGGAUUGACCUUUCAGGCCAUAUCAUUUAGAUAGAUAGCUUAUCCUCAGCCAUCUAUAGACAUUUAGGAAUUAGUCUAUACUCUUUAUUGUAUUAAAAAAAAAGUUUGAGAACCUCUGUUAAAUGGUUUUGUAAAUGAAAAAUAAAGAUAUACCAUCAAUUCAGAUAUUGUUAUAACACAGCUGAAAACUUUAGCUAUUUGUUUUUAGUAAUAAAUUUCAUAAUGAAAAAAUAGGUUCCUGGGCUUAUGAAUCCACAACUAAUAUAAAUGUUAAGAACUUCAAAUUAGACACUAUUUGCUACUAACAUUGAAAAAUGUAGACAACUGAUUUUCUAUUAAUACAACUUUUUGUGAUAAUUCUAAAUCUUCAACAAACGAACUAUAACAAUCAUUUAAAUUAUUUAUUUUAGAGCUUUCCACCCAGUGCCACAACUCUGCAUUUUGAAUUCUAUACAGAAAGUAAGGAGGACAAAAGCAAUAGAAAAUUACAACCAGUAAGUCGCAUUGUUACUAAAAUAUGUGCAUUAUUAAGUAAUUAUGAUUUAAAACUGAGUCAAAUUUAUGGUGAACAUACUUUUACUGUUAUCCACUUUUACUGUGAAAUUUUCAAAGUGUUUAUCUCUUUUCUUUUUUUUAUGAUAUGACUCUUGAAAUAAACUUUAACACAUAUUAAGUGUUUAACUGAAAUUUGAAGGGCACAGCAACAGUUAUACAGAGUAUCCACAUGGAAAAUGUAGACAAGACUGGUCGUAUGCCAUCACAAAUAAUGGAAGAUAUUUUAGAUUCUUAUGAUGUACCAGAAGAAAAACAGGUAUGUAUGUGUACAAUUUUUAAAUAUUCUUAAGAUAAGGUGAGCAUAAUUCCUGUAGUUGGUAUUUCAUAUAAUUUAAUGCAUAUUAUCUACAAGUAGAAUGUGCUGAGGCAAAGGUAGUUGGGUCUAAAAUAAAGCAUUUGAAUUAAUGGUUGGUAGUUUGGUUUAUGAUUCAAAACAAAUAAUUUACUUCUUUGCUAAGAUGUAUAUUUCAGUUUUAAACAUUUUUGAUUUCAUUCUCCAUGGUGCAGAGGUGUGGAAUUUUUUUCUAAUUUUCAUUGGAAAGUUCACAAAUUUUCUGCCAACAUCAUUUCUUCAGACCUGUUUACCCGCAAACUCUUAAAAUAUCAUCACAAAAUUUGUCAAUACAUUAUCUUAAUAGUAAAAAAAUAAAGAUACAGUAUAUAUAAUGUAUACGUCUCAAAAUCAUACAUUUGUACACUAAAAUCGUAAGAGUAAACAGCUCUGUUUCUUAUGUUUUCCUACUUUAACUGAAUAUCUAGAUAAUCUUUUAUAUAUAUAUUAUGCUUCUGGUGUGACUCGUGGACUGCUUCCUAAUGGACUGCUUCCUAAUAAGUGAAUUUGGCAUUGAGAGUAUAUUACAAAUAAUUUGAAAUGUUUGAAAGGUAGUAUGGUUCAAUAAUGAGUUCAAUCUCAUGCAAAAUAUAAUUCCAGAUAACCAUGCUAAAUAAUUUUCAAAAAAUAUACAAUGCAACUGCGUUUGCUGCGUAAUAUUUUCUUUUCGGAAAAGGAAAUAGUUUCAAUUUAAGUAUGGUGUAAAAAAAUAUUCGGUUUAAAAGUGGCUGGGACAUUAGAAUAUUUAAUAUAGUUCAUGGGUGUAAAAUAAAAAGUGUGCAGUGAGUUUGGGGGGGUGGGUUAGGUGGUGUUGUUGCAAAAAUUGGGAUUUUUAAAUAUGUGUUACUUGAGUUCAAGUUUUAGCAGAUGUUUAGUAGAAGGGAAGUUCAUGCCUUGCUGUCACCAAUGUUUGCAGGCUAUUUCUAGUAACUAUAUAAUACCUAAAUUCCUGGUGUGUGUGCAUUGUUCAACUUCCAGUUUUGCAUCAGAGAUUUUGCUAAUUUUAAAAAUUUUCCCCACCACUGUUUCAUCUUGGCGCAAAGUGUAUUAUUUUGAAAUAAAAUUUUGAAGAAGACAAAAUGAUAUAAAUAAAAAAAAAUUCUUUUUCAAAAAGGUAUUGCUCUUUACUCACAUUCGACUGGCUUGCUUAUUUUCUAACUAUGAGGCACGUGUGCAUUGUGUUCAAGCAAGGCUUCAAGCUAUAUCAAUCCUUGGUAGGUUUCAAAUUUUUUUAAAGAUUUUGCGGUGGAUUGUAAUUUCAUUUUUAUUCCACUUUACAAAACUUAAACAAAACUAUAUGAUAGAUUUAACAUUACUUUGAAUUAGCUGAUGAUUUAUAGCAAAAGGAGUAAUUUAUAGGAUAUAAGUUAAAAGUGUGAAACAAUUAUGAAAGCCUCUUAUUUUCAUUUUCUCAUAAUUGGUGAAUAUUUUUGUUUCAGUCUACUCAAGUGCUAUCCAAGAUAACAUGAAUGUAAUUCUCUAUCCUGGACUAAUUGAGGAGCUAGUGGACAUUGUGGAGAUUAAAGAUGCUGCAUUGGUUGUAAGUAAAAUUCUCAUUAAUAAAAUUGAAACCACAAAUUAGCAAGUGAUGGUUACUAUAUUGAUUUGUCCAAAGAUUGUGUAAAUCCUUUAUAUGCAGUCCACUGCAAUCCAUUUGCUGAUGUAGAUAAUUAGAUCAUUUUCAUUGGUGCAUGCAAUUUAUUAGAUACCUAAUAGUUAGCGUUUCAAAAGAAUUUUAGUAAAUUUUUACCUUUAUUUUUAAUACAUAGUUGUAUGCUUAUAAGUGUAAACAAGAUAAAAUGAUCAAGGAAAGUCUUCAAAUACUGUCUUUGUUGAUUUUGUCUUUUUUUUGUUCUUUGUUGUUGUUGUUUUUGUGUUUGCCAGCCUGGCCCCAUUGUGUGCAGAGCAUGCUUGUGCUUUUAACUUACAGUUAAUACCAUCCUGCUAUUGCGCUUAGUUUAGGUCAACCAUAAGCCAUCUACACCUGUUAAAAGCAAUUGCAAUAGCCUGUUAUUAUUCCAUUUAAUUUUGACACUUAAGAGUGAUGACAUUUUGCAGCAAUGAUCAAGUGUAUUUAAGGGCAUAGAAACCCUUUGUUGUUAAAUAGUGAAGUUAUUCUAAUUUGUGAAUUAUUAGAUCAAUUUUAUUACCCAAAUUUUGUCUUGGAAAGAUGAUUUUAAAGAUUUCAAAACUGAAAUUCUUUUAAAAAUAGGAUAUCAAGUCAGCAGCUCUUCGGACCUUGACCUCUGUGAUACACAUAGAAAGAAAUCCCAGGUAUGUCUUUGGUUUAAAGUAAUUUUUAAAAUAUUUUUUAAUAAUGUUCUUUAUCUUUAGAUUAAAAAAAAUAAACAUAUUGUGUUAAGAGUACAUUGUUGUGUUUAUACUUUUAAGUACAUUAACAGUUCAUUAAAACUUUGUCUCUAGACUCAACAGUAUUAUUGAUGCUACUGGGGCCUCAUCAUACCAUGGAUUUCUUCCUGUAUUAGUUAGAACUUGCAUUCAGCAUAUGAUAGGUAUGUUCUGAUCUCUUGUUCGAACCACUUUUCAAAAAUGUAAAAUAAGAUAUAUUCUUUAACUGUAGCUGUUUCUAUGUUAAAAUCUAUUGGUGAAAUUCUGAUCAAGAGGUUAAUCGUUAAAAAAUAUAAUUUUCUUUUCCAGAUCCUGAAUUAAAGCCAUUUACACAAACAUAUGCUACAUCACUGUUUUCUUUCUUGUAUCAUCUGGCCAGUUAUGAUAAUGGUAAGUUUUAGUAUUGUAAUUGAAUAGUUGUAUGUUAUUAUUAAAGAUGUUACCUGAUAAUUAAAUUUCCUAUUCAGUGUUUGGAAAAUGUUUGUAAUGAAACCAUAAAAUGUAAAUAAUUAAAAACACAAGACUGGUUAAUUUUCAUCAAUGAAAAUGAAAAAAAUAUGGACUUGCCGAUUCCUAAUUUUGAUUAAACUUUUCAGAUCUCUAACGAUCUAUUAUAAAAGUACCAAAUGUAUUCCUUUAAUUCUUCUAUUGGUAUUAUAUCCGUAUAGUUAUUUUUAUAUUAUCUACUUUUGAACCGUAAAACAAUUUAUUGUUCCAAGCCUUUUGCACAUUAAAGUAUUUUUUUAAAAAACUUAUCAUCCAAUAUAAUUUUAUAUUAUUAAAUAAAAAUGUGGUUUAAAAAAAAAUUGAUAUUUUAUUUUAUCAAAUGAGGCUGUGACCAAUGGUUAAUAAACGCAUACUUAUUUGACAGAUCAAUGGAAUUAAACUCUAAAAAUAGUUGACUACCAGAGAAUGCCCUAUACUCUAUUUAUUAAUUCACAAUUUAAAAAAUUAAAAAAUUCAAUGUAUACACAAAACUUCAAAUACUAUUACAAAAGAUGAUGCUUUUAAAAAAAAAUAGUUUAUAAAUUUUCAGUCAUGCAGCAAUACAAUAUUUCUAACCAUAAGCGAACAUAAAUUUUCUCUACAGUUAAUCAAUUUGUUAUUAUCCUGAUUGCUUUACUGAUUUCAAUUUUUAAAAAUACUAUAAAUUAUAAAAUAUCACAAAUAGCUGCCAGUUUAUGUAGCAUUUCUUGCAACCCUUUUUUAGGUGUUGAAGCUCUAGUAUCUUGUGGUAUGAUGGAGUCACUACUUAAAGUAAUUAACUGGUAUGGAGAUGGCCAAGAACAUAUAACGGUAUUUAAGAUAUCUCACAUUUAUUUGAUGACUAUAGAGCUGAUUUGAAUGUUAAUGUAAUAGUAAAUUACAAUUAGAUUAUGUUGUUAGAAAUAGAAACCAAAGGUUCACAUUUUUUAUUUUUCACCGUUAUAUUUAUCCUUAGUUUGUGACAAGAGCUGUACGAGUGAUUGACUUAAUCACAAACAUGGACAUGGCAGCUUUUCAAGCCCAUGGAGGUUUGCAGGCUUUUAUUAACAGAUUGGAGGUCAGUCAGUUAUUCUUCUUUUGCAUCAGAACUACAUAAAACAAACACAAUAAUGUAACAGUAAUUUCUACAUUUUUUUAAGUGUGCCAAUUAAAGACAUGUUCCUGGAUAUAAAAUAAAGCGUUUCCCCUCAUAACAGGUACAUGCUAUGUUUAAAUAAAGUUUAUUCUCAAAAUUUUUGAAGCAAAUGUAUAACAAAGUGACAGAAAAUCAACACAUUCAUUUUAUUGAAAUGUUUGCAGCAUGAAGUAAACAUUUGUCGUAAAGAGCAACCGUUUGUCAUAAGGCCCCGUGGACGAGAAAUAAGCAUGGAUGGAAUGGUAGAUUCACCACUCUCUGUUGCCAUGGACACAUCUAUAACAGAAGAGACUGUUGAUGGUGAGCAACAUGCGAUAAGUUCUGACAGCACUGCGACAGCUAAUAUAAAUGCUGCAUCCAACUCGGCUCCUUCUUCAGCAGCUGAUCCAAGCUUUUCUCAUUUGCCUGUGUCAGACAGCAUUAAAUCUGGAGAGGAUGGAAAUUUGCUACCAAAUAAUAAAGGUAAUAGCAUUUGCUUCACUUUAAGGUUUUACACUUAGGAGUUUAAUAAAAUUAUUUCAUUGGUUAUAGCUAUCCAAAAAAUAGUUUCUCAGUGAUGUUCACAAGCACGUGUCUUAAAAUCAGUUUGUAGAUAAAAUCACCUCUGAGAGAAACUUUUUUCAUGUUUGUGUUACAUUUCUUUUGAAUUUGAAGUAUUUGUAUUACUAACUUAGCAUAUACUUGCUUUUCAGGAAGACAUUGUUUUGCUCAGAGAGCUGCAUUGCUCAAGUCAAUGCUCAAUUUUAUGAAGAAAGCUAUACCCGACUUGUCCUUCGCUGAGAGCAUUCGACAUUGUAAGAUUUAAUGCCUUUUUUUUUUUUUUUUUUUUUUUUUUUUUUUUUUUUUUUUUUUUUUUUUUUUUUUUUUUUUUUUUUUUUUUGUUUUUUUUUUUUUUUUUUUUUUUUUUUUUUGGUAACUGUAAUAAGACUUAAUCUCCUAAUCUUUAACUGCAUAUUUUUAUGUAGGGUUUAAUUUGAUUAGCUGCUUUUUCCAUUAUUUCAGUAAUGGAUGGCUCACUACCCAAAUCAUUAAAGCACAUAAUAAGCAAUGCGGAAUACUAUGGCCCUUCUCUGUUUCUGCUUGGUAAGACUGUUAUUUAGCAUGUAGUUUUUUGUCUUAAGUUUUUUUUUCUCAAUGAGGCUUUCAAGCAGUGUCUUAAUUUAAAUAUGCAGAUGCAAGACCAUCUGAGAGAGAAAGGUAAUGUUAAUUGAUCCAAAUUUAAAAAGAAUUGAUUCCCUAAAAUAUUGAUGCAUUAUUUUGACAGCUACUGAUGUGGUCACAGUUUAUGUCUUUCAAGAGCCAUCUCUUCUGUCCUCAUUGCAAGAUAAGGGCCUUACUGAUGUGGUUUUACAUGCCUUGUUGAUUAAAGAUGUGAGUUUUGUUGUUACUUUGAUGUUAAGUUAAAUUUAGUCAUAACUUAAAAGAAUUUUUCAAUUCAUUGGUUUUGUUUGCUUUUAAAAUAGUUUUACUGCAAAGGUCAUUUUUAAGAAUUGCUUUAUAUUUCUUAAAGGUACCAGCAACAAGAGAAGUGUUAGCAUCCUUACCAAAUGUGUUUAGUGCUCUUUGUCUUAAUGCUCGUGGCCUUGAGGCAUUUGUGGCUUGUAAACCAUUUGAUAGGCUCUUUAAGGUCCUUUUAUCACCUGACUAUCUUCCUGCAAUGAGAAGACGACGCAGUUCAGAUACCUUUGGUAAAUACAAUUUUUUUAAUAAUAAUGUUGAAAAUGCUAUGAUAAUAUAAAGUAUUAACUGGUCAUUUAGAAACUAGCUAAUUAUAUGCAGAAUGUAAGUUUUAAUUUAAGACAAAAUACUUUAGUAAGUUUGUUUGAAUUUAGGGAAAAUAUUGUGUGUGAGAUUAUUUUAAAUAAAAGUAAAACCUCUUACAACAAUUGGAAGAGUUAAAAUUAAAAGAAAAGAAUGAUGGUAUGUAAAGCUGAAUUUAUUUAAUUUCUCAGUAUGUUGAAAAGUAUUUGUCCUUUGUGAACAAAUAGAUAUUUAAAUAAGUUUAAAAAGUUUUGAAUAAAUACAAUUCUCUUCUAGGAAUUACUUUUUCAUUUGAUCUCAUUCUCAUGAAAGAAUAAUUCUGCCAUAAUUAUAUCCAAACAUAAGGUUACAGGAGGUCUUUUCUGUAAACUAGUUUUCUAGAUACUAUUUACUCACAAGGGACAAAAUGACAUUUUAAAAUAACAAAUGACCCUCCAUGUCCAAAUCAGGUUAAAGUUGGUACAGUUUAUAUGGUACAAUAUUUUUAAAAAGGCUUUUUAAGCAACAUUGUUUACUUAAAGUCAGAAAUUCUGCUGCCAAAAUGUUAAACUGAAGUGCCCAAGUGCUCUCUCGAAGAUUUAGCUAGUACCAACAUUAUUCUGAUUUUGGCAUGGGGGGUCAAAUCUGAUCCAUUGUUUGCAAUUUUGUAGGUGACACAGCAAGCAAUCUUGGCAAUGCUAUGGAUGAACUGAUGAGACACCAGCCCUCAUUAAGAACAGAUGCAACUAAAGCUAUCAUCAAGGUAAUUCAGAGUAUAUGCUUGCGAAAAAGAAGUAACCAGGGAGGUCUUAUUUAUAACUAUUUUGUUGAUAUUAAAAAAAAUGUUUGCCUUUUUUUCUCUUUGAUGUUUCAAGCACGUGUCUUAUCUCUUUGUAGACAAAAAUAUUUUCUGAGAGAAAUUAAAUAAUCUUUAAAAUGUUUCAUGGUUCAUUUGCUCCUAUUACAAAUAAAACAUUUUUUUCCCAAGCUUCUUGAAGAAAUCUGCUCCAUGGGCCAAGACCCCCAUUUCAUUUGUCAAAAACAACAGCCUAAAUCGGAUCAGACUGUCGCCCAGUCUUCAAGUGUAAGAUCUCCACAAUCAAAUGAGGCUAGCUCAUCAGAUGAAGAGGAAGAUGAAGAGGUGGAGAUGCCACAUAUGCCACCCUCCAUUACAGCGUCAGCUCACAUUACUGCAUCUCAGGUCAAACCAGCUGCACCUUCAACAUCACACCAAGAUCCAUUGCAGUAUGUUUAGUUUAUUAGUUCCAGUGGUUUUGUUUCAAGCUAAUUUCAAAUAGAUCAUUUGAUUUACUUAUUUGCAAACCACACAUUUAAUUUAAAGAAUAUUUAUAAUAAUAACUGUGUAAAAUAUUUUGAUAUUAAUUUGAUUUGAAGUAAAUAAGCUUAAAUGAGGUAACUUCAAAGUUACAGUGAACCUGGUUAUAACAUGAUAAUUUGGAUCUAUCAAAUCAGAUUGGACUUAUAACUUGGGUCACUUGAAUACGGGGUUAUACAAAUAUUUUAAUUUUUCCAGGAACAUAUACUUUAUUCUUGACUAAUUUUAAAAAAUCUGACAAAUAUUAAAAGAAAUGCUUUAUUUAGUAUUUCCAAAAGAUGUCAUUAGUGUUGGGAUUAGUAAAAUAAAAAAUAAAAAAGGGAAUAUAUGUGAUCUCAUUUGUUAAAAAAAAUGAUGUUUUUAUCACUUAUUGUUAAUGAGCUAUUUGGUAUUGUAAUCAAAUUCAUAUGCUAACUCAUUCGUAAAAUGAAGUUUAAAAGUAAGUUUCUUCUUUAGAAUGCAGGAAAGGCAAGCAAUACCACUCAUGGACUAUGUUUUGAAUGUUGUAAGUGAACAUGUACAUUAAAUUGUUUUCUUUUCAAUUUACAAAUCAUAAUAAUCUUUUAAUAUAUAAGUAAAUGUUCUAUAUUCUUAAAUUUGUCUUCUAUAAAACCAUUACAUAAAACUUGUAAUUGCUUGUUUCGCCCAAAAGAUAAAGCAAUGAACUUAAUUAUACCUUAUUUGUCACUCCAAAGCCAUAGAAUCUCAUCUCUAUGACACAUACCUACAACAAAUUUGACAGCUCAAAAAAAUUAAUUCUAAAUAAUUGUAUCCUUAACCCACGACAUUCCCGUUCUGUACUAUGGCGGCCGAAAAAAUCGGCUGAUAAAACACACGUCCUGAAAGCAACUUCCAAUCCAAUAUUUAACCGGAAUUAUAGCCACUUCCUUUUAUUGAUAAUUAAAUCAUCUUCCGGUUCAAGCUGUUUUUUCGUGGUAAAGGGAAAAUAAAUACUUUUUAAUCGGAUUUUAUAUUGCUUUUUUUUUUUAAAGCUAAAUGGAUGACGCUAUGGCUGGGCCUUCAGUGCAAGAACUAAUAGAAAUAUGUUUGAAAGCUUUUUAGGAGAGGUUUUAAGUGAUACUGAUGUUGAUUUUAACAUUCCUCAUGACGAUAUCAGUUGAUAUUAUUCUUUUCGUGAAUUUUUUACUAGUUUUAGUGAUACUGAAGUAGGCCUACUGAGGCUACUGUUAGACUUCGAGCCAGCCCUGGAGGUUGGGCAAGGACUGACUGAAUUUUAGUCACAGAAUCUACAGAUUAUAGUUCAGAACUAAUAAAUUUUAUAGUGAAACAAACCAAAUCAGUUCCACAGUUCCUUUUUAAAUGUUUACUAGUCGAUAAUAACUAUUUUGCCUGAGAUUUUGUAUUUUGUACUUGGUUUUAGCAGUGGUCCUCAGUUUCUUAUAUAAAUGACCUAAAAUUGCUUUCAGAUCUUUAAUUGCAAUCAAAACCUUAGCAAACUAUACAUUUUCUGAAAGAUAAAUGAAUUGGCUACAACAUUUAGAUUUGUGUUUUCAGUGUAUCUAUAAAAAUUAAUGAUGUUAUGAGCACUUGAAAGCAAGACAUUUUGUCGAAUUUUUUUCCUUGAGAAUUCCAAGGUCAAGGACACUGAGCAAAAUUUUUUUAUGGGAUAGGCAAUACGGCCAACUUUAUCACCAUCCAUUUACCUUUCUAAAAAUAUGUACUUCAGGGGCCUUGUAGCAAUAUUUCUAUGUCAUUUAAUGCAAUUUCAAAUGGCACCCAAAACGCUCUGAAAAGCUCCACACCACAGAAUAAUGCAUGCCACAGUUCGUGGGUUAAGUCCUAAUUUUGUGAAAAUGACUCUACAUCCAGAUAUUUAUCAACUUUCUUUUCCUCCAGAUGAAAUUUGUGGAAGCCAUUUUGAGUAACAACUCAACAGAUGACCAUUGCAAAGAGUUUGUUGCACAGAACGGAUUGAAGCCUUUAAUGAGUAUUUUGGGUUUGCCAAAUUUACCUAUUGACUUUCCAUCAUCUCCAGCAUGUCAAGCCGUAUCUAGUGCUUGCAAAUCAGUUCUGGUACUAGUUAUUUCAAAAUACAAAAUUAAUAAUCGUUAGAAAAUAUACUUGGUCAUUUAACAAAAAAUAUUUUUAUGCAUCUUACACAUUUUCUUUUUUUUUCCUUUGUUGAAAUUACAAAAUAAAAUAACUUAUAUUAAUUUCUUUUAGACACUGUCUCGAGAAUCAAAAGUAAUUAAACAAGGUCUUCUACAAAUGCAUGAAGUCCUUCAGAAACUGGAGCCAUUGCAUAGGCCAUUAGAGUCUCCAGGAGGUUCUGUACUCCUUCAUGAGCUUGCUAACAGUGCACAUGUGCCAGAUGCAACUCUGUCUCCUUCUGCAACUCCACUACUCCAUGCACUUGCUUCAGCCCAUGCCUAUAUUAUGAUGUUUGUACAUGUGUGCCGUAUGGGACAGGUAAUUUUUAAUUUGUUUUUAUAUCAAUUUCUUUUUUAAAAUUGUUAACUUAAAUUAAAUUAUGCUGGAAUAUUAGAGCUGAGGAACUUUAAGUGUAAAUUAGAAAUCCUGUUUGUCACAACUGCUUAAAUUAUAUAACUCUUUCAUUUUUUAACCAUAUUUAAUUUUGAAGUGUGUUGACAUAUAGGUUUUCUAAUUAUUCAAAGAAAAUUUAACAGCAAUUUAAAAUCACUUUUUGAUAAAUAGAUUCGACCUACUUUUCAGACUGAUAUCCGAACAAUCUCUGUGGACAACUGGGGUUCUGACCUUGGCUUGGAAGUGUUGAAAGGCUUAAGUUCUUUGUACAACUCUCUGGUAUGGGAAAGCACAGUUUUGCUGGCAUUAUGCAAUGAGGACUAUUUACCUGCAGAUUGUCCCUUUGGACGGGCUGAUUUAGAAAAACUUUUGAGUAAAGAUGCUCAUGAGAAGGGGGAAAAUGCUGAUGUAGGAGAAGUGGGCAAAGAAAUUAAAGUGGCAGAAGGAAAAGCUACUGGUGAUAAAAGGCAAGAAGUGGGAGGGAUGACACGUGGAACUGGAGAAACUGGUAGUAAUGGUGUAAGUGUUGCUAUGGAAACACUAACCACAGGAGAAGAACGAAUGGAUACAUCUGAGCCAGGACAAGUUAUUCAGAAUACCCUAAUUACAACAGAGACUGGUGUAUCCAGUAAUGUUCUGCAGGAAAUAACACAAAGAAGCAUUGUAGAUGCAGGUCAGUCCCUUAACCCCAUCCCAGGUGUGGUGACAACAUCAACGUCGUCAACUUCUAUUGAAUCAGAUAUUUUGCCUGGCCCCAUUGGCCUGGGGUCAGGAUCAGAUGACAAAGAGGCCAAGAAAAAAGUUUCUCCAGCCAUGCAAGCCCAGUUGCGUCAAUUAAAACCGUUAUUAACAUUAUCAUCGCGUCUAGGCAGGGCAUUGUCGGAACUUUUUGUGUUGCUGGUAAAACUUUGUGUUGGCUCACCUGUACGCCAAAGGAGGUCACAGCAGCCACCACCAACUCCACCUAUUCCAUCACCGGCAGCUAGGGCUGUUGCACUAGCACUCACAAAGUUGUUAGCCGGUGGACUUUCAUUUCAGCCACCUCUGUGUGCUCCUCAGCCAAAAUUAAGGUAACUAUAAUUUCUCUUCUUUUGUUCUUGUUUUCAAUUUCAUUACCGGUAAAUUUACUUCAUAGGGUGUAUUUGAAUUCUUGCAUGAUCCCUUUAUGGACAAAUUAGUGAUUACCUGAUUUUUUUGCCACACUCAAAGGAUACAUUAUAUGACAAGAGUAGAAUAAAGCUUUACUUAAAGAUAGAGCAUUAGAAUUAUAGUUAUUAUAUUAUUAUUUGUUUAAGUAGUUGGAGACUUCAUGUACACAAAUCUGUUUUUCUUUUUACCACAGACCCUAAUCCAUAUUUACUCACACGAUCAGUUAAUAAUAUAAGGGUACAUAACAGAAGCAUGCCAGACUAAAGAUAUCUAUAGCAUCUUUUCAGCCUGGUAGACUUUUUCCCUGUUUAUCCUUAAAUCUAUUUAUUUGCCUUGUCUUUAAAGAUUAUUUUUUCCUUCUAGAAUGACAUUUUUGGUGUGCUCAGCUGGAUUUACAGCCCCAAUGUUGUUUGAUGAGAAGAAACAACCCUAUCACUUAAUGCUUCAAAAGUUUGUGGCUUGUGGGGGUCAGGCUGCUCUCUUCCAGUAAGUCAGACAACCUUGACUAACUUAUUUCAUGUGAUAUACAUAUCAAAUUUCUUUAUUCCAUGUCACUAUUGAAAUUUAACAUCAUUUAUAUCUUCUGAAUUAUUACAAAGUGUUAAACCUGUGGUGGUGGUUGAGGGGAGGUCCCUCCCUGGAUAACAUAGUGUCUAGACAAUAAAAACUUUCUUAUACACCCAAUAUGUCAAUUGGGAAAUUGCGUCGGCGGACCAUCGAGCGUGAGCUCGUAAUGCCCCUCCUGGCACACCUCAACAAGGGCCAGACGCCGGGUUAACCGCCGCCAGACCGUGUGGCGGCACGCCGGGAACCUCUUCCGGCCAGGACCACCUGUGGCCAUCGGUCGGACCCCGCUCAUGGAUGUCUGGUUGACCGAAAAUGCUGCUUUUAAAGCGUUCCCAGCUGACCCUCCCAAGGAGUUAGGAUGGUUGAUUUACGUCCUUCAACCUUCCCAUCCCGGGGAAGCAUUGGACACCCUUUAAGAGGGUUUCCUACAGUGGGUUUCCACCCCGCAACUAGUUUGUGUGCUGGGACGAAACGGUGGCCCAGGAGCAGCUUUCUCAGGGCUGCGUUGUUGGAAUCAUGGGCUAGCGGUUUUGCACCUUCGCCUUUACUUCCAACUGUGAAGCGUCACGGUUGGCAGCCCUGUAGGUGCUGUUUUAUUUCCUGCAGAUACCACGCAUGUCCCUUGUCUGCCCACACAGGACAUGCAAUAGUGGUUUUGUUCCCCGGUUUAAUGUCGAGGGGGGUCCGGUGGCCAGCUCAUCCCAAUCGGCAAGCCACCAUAGGCUUGUUGACCGGUUCCCCUAUAGAGCUUUAUUGUACAGUGUUUUAUGAUAGUAAUCAUCAAUUUUUGCCGUCCAAUAAUACCAUAAGUGUAGAAUUGUUUUUCCUAUGUUUGAAUUGCAAUACUUCCGUGCCGUUAAAGAAGGAAAAAAGGCAGUUUGGGUAAUAGGUGCUAGGAUAAUCAGUGUUCUACUUUAAUCUGAAAAAUAUUCUUUUAGAUGGACUUGAUGAACAUAGGUCAGAUAUAAUUUUGCUAGAACAUCAUAUGGCCUACUUUGUUUUCAGAAUCUACUUUUACGUAUUUACAUUUGCUAAAAUAGAUUAAUAUUGUUUAUUUUCUAGUAAGUAAUUUUAAAUAUUUUUUAUUUAGGUCUUUCUCCUGGGCCCUUUCAAUAAAUGGAAAAGUGCCUUUGUCAGAGGGACUAGAACAUGCAGAUCUUCCAGGUAUCUCAUCAGAUAUAUGCAUAUGUCUGACAUUCACAUGUAGACUUCAAGAUUUACUCUGAAAGAAAUUGCAAUCAAAUGGGCUAUAAUAUUUUACAUGUUUUAAAUUCAUAUUCAAAUUUUAGAAAUAAAGUUAAAUAUUUUUCCAGCUCUUUGCAAAUUUUAUAACCAAAAAGAAACUCAAAGUUUGUUCUACUCUAUCAGUAGAUAUUUUGUCAUAUAAAAAUGGAUUUAACUUGAGCACAGAGUAUUGAAAUGCCUCUUAGUACAUAUAGUUGAAUAGCCAAAUUGUACACACGUUUUAUGUUAUUCUUCUUUUCUCUUAGUUUUGUUUAAAGAUUUAACAGUUCAUACACACUUUUCUUGUACAUGUGUGUAUUGAAUCACAGAAUUAAAUACAUUUGAAUUCCUAUUUAUAUUUCAGAGGGAACAGGAGAGUUUUUAGACUCCUGGCUAACUUUAGUUGAGAAAAUGAUCAAUCCAAAAGCUGUUCUUGAAACUCCACAUACACUUCCUUCAAAAGACAAAGCGCCUGGUUUGACUCCUUUUAAUCCAGUGCAAUAUUUAAUUAGCACACAGAAGGUAGAAAUGCUUUUUUACACAUUUGAUACUUAUUUUUUUGUAAAUGUGCAUUUACUUAGCUGGAUUUUAAUUACGGUCAUCUGUUCAGUUUUGUUUUUUUUUUACCUUGAAAUGAAACUUUUUUGCACAAGUUGUAAUGCCUUAAUUGCAAACAAUUUUUGUUAACCUUAGCUUUAAAAAUGUUUUGAUUUUACCAUGCAGGCUGCUUUUAAUUCUGUGAUGAAUUUGUGGAACAAAAAGCCACUUCUUGUACAUGGUAGUCGUAUGUCUGAAUCUGUGUUGAUGAUUCUAUGCCAUAUUAUUGAUGGAGAAGCAAAAAUAAAGGUAAUCAAUUCUGACUAAUUAAGGGUGUUCCUGCCUUUAUAUUGUAUAUUUUUUAUUGACAUAAAAGAUAAUAAAGUGACUUCUUUACUUUAUUGUAUGAUUUAUACUUGAUUAAUUAGCAGGAUACUAUCUCCAAUUCAGAAAUAUUUAGAGAAAGAGAAAGCCUCUGCUCCUUCAGGCUCAACUGGAGAUACUGCUGUUGAUCUUAGUGGGGCGGGGCCCUCGGGAAUUACCAGUAACAUUGGUGCUGCCGCUGUCCCUGUUCCUUCUGUCACCACUAGAAGAACCCUGGAUUCCUUGGUCAAUCAGGCACAUCUGCAACAAGUAAGAUAAAGUAAAGCAUAUUCAGGAAAAAAAUACAUAUUUUUUAUUUGAAAUAUCCUUUGAUGUAAUUGUAAAAGUUUCCAUUGGGCUGAUUAUGCAAAAUAACCUUCAAUUUAAUAAUGACUUCAGAAGACCUCAGUUUUCUAAAAUUGUGUAGACUAGUAUUUUUAAACAUAAAUCGCAUACAAUUUAUGUCAUACAGUUAAUGGAUAUGGGCUUCACUCGUGAGCAGGGAAUAAUGGCCCUUAACAACACUAGUAGUCUGGAACAAGCCACAGACUACAUUCUCACUAAUCCAGUUCCAAGUACAGCUCAAAAUGUAAGUAAUUUUAAUGUCAAAUACUUCAAAUAGAUUUCAAAGCCCCCUAAAGACUCCAUUUCUGGGUUCAGUAUCUAGUUGUAAAUAUGAAUACUACGUAAAAGAUAACAUGGAAAUGUGUACCACUCCCAGAGAACAUGUCAUAAGUAACUAAGUUCAUAGAUCAGUCUUCAGAUUUUAAGAUGUGGUCUUCAGUCUAAUUUAUGUUUAAAAACUUGAUACUACUUUGGACUAGUUUAAAUGAGGAAUAAGAAGAAAGCGAAAUUCAUAUGCCUGCAUGGAUUAACCCAAUUUUUAUUUUUUAAUACAUAAAGCUGAUAAGGCAAAUUCAUAUCACCAUAUCUCUUUAGAUCAGGGGUCUCAAACUCGCGGGCCAUAUGCGGCCUGCAAGACAAUAUUUUGCGGCCCGCUAUAUGACAGCAAAGUUUAGCGUUAAUGCGGCCCGCACGUUUUUGGCAUUUCUAUAUCUAUAAUGUGACCCUCUGCGACUCGAAUCUCACCGACUAGUCUAAUUCUGAUUUUUAUUUUGUCUAUAGAUUUGGAUGUUGAUUAUAAUGGUUAAAACCGUUUUAAAAUCAGACUAAAAGUUUUUAAUUUGUAGCAUUUUAUGAGACAAAUAUGGCCUAAUUGCGGUUUUGAGAAAAGACGCUUUGGAUAUUGUAUAUACAUACUUCAAAAUUUUUAAGAGUCAGUUAGUGGGUAAUGCACAACCAUAAUUGUGUAAAUCGUAGCAAUCUGACACUGUAUCAAAGAAUCCCUAUUCAAAUUGCAGCUAAUGUUUACGAGUGAAGGAAAUUCUGAACCUGUCAGCUUGGUCACUUGCGCUGCCAGGUCUCUGGUAACAAGCAGUAGGAGGAAGAAAAUGAAGCCUAGUUCUUGAGAACCCUUAAUGUUUUUAUUUGUUAUUACUAAAGGCUGAGCAGAUUGUAUUAGUUGUAGUUUGUUGAAUUUGUAAUUGCUUUUGUGUGUGGAAUACUUGAUGCGGCCCAGUCUCACUCAGACUCUGCCUCCUGCAGCCCCCGGAUGAUUUGAGUUUGAGACCCCUGCUUUAGAUGAUAUAAUAUAAAUUACCAAAUAAAAUUGAAAUUAGUUAAGGAGGUAAACGAACUGUUAUUAGAUAGAAAAUAUUCCCAAUGGUUAAAGGACUGUUGGCUAUAUUCUUAAAAAAGCACCACUAUGAUCAGUCAGUAAUGUAGUACCAUUGCAAUGAUGACUUGUUAACAGCCACUCCUCUUCUGCAAGUACACAAAACACAGCCAAUUUUAAGAAUGAAAAAAAAAAACUGAAAGCCGACAGUACAGUAAACUUAGAAGUUUCCAGUAGCUUAUUUAUAAGAGGGGUUUACCGUACUCUGUUUGCAGCCGUUGGCUGGGGCCAUGGACCAAGACAAUGAUGAUGACCAGAUGAUGAGAGCCAUAGCCAUGUCUUUAGGGGAAAAUGCAGUCAUGUCCACUGACCAGGUAAUCUUGUCAGGGGGGAACACACAGAGAGGACCAGCUUUUAUGACAUGACUUCCCUCAAGCUUGAGACAAAUUAAGCUGUAAUAGUUAACCAAAUCUAUGCAUUUAAGUAUAUAAAAAGUAUUCAUACAUAAUUAGUGCACCUUUAACAUUGAGAAAGCCAUUUUACUGACCAGAAAGCAUUGCAGUUGUUAAAAUGACAAAUCUAUUUUUACUUCAUCCAUAGGAUAAAUUUGAUUUGUGGUGUUGACAUAGCUUAAAGAAGUUGAUAUACAAUUACUCUUUUAUAUGUUGAUAGAUAUGUUUUGUAUUACUUUGUUUUUUGUGUUGGUAAAAAUGUAAGGUACAUCUUAUGUCUUCUUGAAUAAUUCUUGCUUUUAUUUCAAAAUUAGUUAAAUUCUUUUUUAUGUAUUAUUUAAAAAAUUUUAAAAUAAACAGUACUUUAUUGUCCUUUUCAGGGAAAGAAUGAAGGGAAAGAUGAGAAAGUGAACAAUGAAGCUGAAGAAAAACAAGAAGCAGAAGAACCCUUGGACACUGCAGUGCUAGAUGAGUUUACUUACAACAUAUUUCCUGGUAAAUUAAUAUUAAUCUAGUUGAAUAUAUUUCCUGGUAAAUUAAGAUUAUUAAGUUCAAAAUAUUUCCUGGAAAAUUAAGAUUAUUUAAUUUGAUUUAUUUCCUGGUAAAGUAAGAUUAAUUUAGUUCCUCAUAUUCCCUGGUAAAUUUAGAUUAUUUAGUGCAUCAUAUUUCCUGGUAAAUUAAGAUUUAGUCAUUUUCUCCCAUCUGCUAAACCCACUUUAAUGCAUAAUAAUAUUCAUCAUUCAAAAUAGGUAAAAUAUUUCCUCCACUAUAUUUAAAGGGGAAAGAACACACUCGUUUCCUAUUUUAAAUUUAAACUAUUACUACUACUACUUUAAGCAAUAAAUUUUUAAAAUUAUUACUUUUAUUAUUAUUAUUGGUUUUAUAUAACCUGGUGGCUCACCACUCUGUACAUAUAUUUCAACAAACAUAAUCAUAAACUUAAAAAAUUAAUUAACAUACAUUAAUUAAAUAAAACAAAACAAAUGUAUAUUCACUCCAUCCAUUCAAGAACUAUUUACAUGUCAAGCCAUGGAUGGCACCCAGCAUCAUCGAUUAUCUAAAAGGCAUCCUUACCUUUAUAAUUUGUUUUACUAAAUGACAGGUUGCCUUAACUUGUUAGACACAUUACCUGAAACAGUAUAUAGGGUCUGUGAUCUUCUCAUAGUUGUAAUGGCACGAAAUGGUGCUAGUUGGAAGAGAGAAACAUUGGGUACACUUUGCAAAGACGUAAGUAGUGCAUAAGAAGAGCUUUUAGUACAUCUGUUAAUAAUUAAUUUCUAUUGCCCAUCUGUAUAAGUUGAAUUUAAUUCUUAUAAUAUUUAAAUACACUCUAAAAACAUAGCAUUAUUCCACAUAAAACAAAAACAUUUAAUUCAUCAUUUCUCAGCUCUGUGCACUGUGUGAUGAAAUGACAAGCUAUGCCCAAGAAAUGAAUUUUACAGCUAUGCAGAGUUCUCCUAGUGCCCAAAAGUUUGCCACGCGACUACAUCUUCUCAGCUUACUUGCAGAGGUAAAUUUAAAAUAGAGAUUUUAAUUUUAAAAUCACCAACCAUAAAAUUCACCAACGACCUUCUGUUAGAGAUGUUGGCUUAACAAUAGAAAACCUGUCCCAUCUAAAAAUCUAUUUUACUGACUUCAGGUUUCACAUACAAUAUCUUUCACGUCAUGUUUUCUAAAGCCAGCAUAUCUGAUUCGGUUUAAAGUUAAGUAAGAAUUCAAAGUCAUGUUGUCCAAAAUUAAAGUAUGCUGUCAACGGUUCCACACAGGAGAUGAACCUGGCCUGUGCUUUAGCAAUGCAAGGUGUUAAUCUUCCAAUGCGUAUUGUACAACUCCUUCAAAUAAGCAAAGAUGUCAUGCUGUGUCCAAGUCAAAUUGCUGAUUCUAAACUUACACCAAAGUAUGUAAAUACAUAAUUUUAGUUACAAGUAAAGUUUACAUAUGUUAUAAUUUAACAAACUUUAUUAGAAGAAAUAAAACCACCACAGCAAUAAAAACAAAAGAGAACUAUUUACCAAUCCUUGUUAAUAAUUUAAUUAAUUAUUUUUAGAUGGUUGGCCCCCAUGUUAUUACUCUUGGACUUAUGGGAGAAGAUAUCUGUUGCACUUAAAAGGAAGAUGCAAGCCAGAAUAGCUGUGGUAAGUGACAAUGCCUUUCUUGUAAAAGAAAUAGAGUGUAAGUUUCAAGUUAGCACAUUAGCAUCCUUUACAUGUUUUUUUUCAGCUGUCUAAUUAUGCUUCUUGUCUCUUUUUGUGUGGGUAUAUUCAGGGUGGAAACAGAACUUGGAAAUGGUUUGAUGACAGCAGUGGACGCUGGUGUAAAUAUAGCACAAAUAAUAAUGCAACGAUUGAUGAGGCUUACAGAAAAGGAGAAAACUUUGUUAGGUACCAUUGAAGUUUAAUAACCGAAACACAUAGGGCCUACUGAAACUUAAAUAUAUAUGGCCUGCAAGCAUGUACAAAUUAUGAUUAUCUGUUAAAGCCUUUACUUUAAAUAUUUAUAAUGUAAUAACAUGGUAACAUGAAAUUUAAAAAAUUAUUCCAUUGCUUAUUUUUGAAACUGAAUUUUCAGUAAGUUUAAAAGCCAAUCAUUCAAUGAUAUACAUAAAGUGUAUUAAUUUUCAUGCAGCCUUCUUCACAAAAAGGUUGACCACUCCUCUUUUAACCCAUGUCAGGUUUUUAUUAAAUUCAACUUCAAAAGAUUUAAGCAUACAUAUUUUAUACAGUCAUUAACAAACAGUAUAUGUAUUCUAUUUUCAAAGGUUUCAAGCAGGCAGAAGAAAGUAUAAUGUUCAAUUUGGAACUAUGAUUCAAGUGAGUGUAAUUUUUUAAUGUUUAAAGUUUGUAAACAUAUUAUUUAAAACCACUCAAAUUCAAAUUUCUUUGAAAGGAUUGAAUGAUGCUUAUCUUUCAAAACUUCUUUUCCAGUUAAAUGAAGAGACGGGAAACAGACGCCCAGUAAUGCUGUCUAUACCAACUGCAGAAGAGAAACCACAAGGGAAAAAAGAAAUCAAAGAAAGCAGUUCAGAUGAGCAAGCAAUAGGUGAGUCUUUAAGAGCUAAUCAUAACCUUUUUGCAUUCCAUAUAUGUGAAUCAUUUUAAAAGAUGAUGACCGCCAAUAAUCUAAGUAAAUCACUUUAUUUGUGUUGUAAAAGACUGACAUAAAUGUGUGAAUAAUUUUUAUAAAAUAUUAUUUUCACAGAAGAGAUUAAGAAAGAAUUUGAAGUCCCUGAUGACAUGGAGGACUAUCUACCUGGGCUUAGUCAUGAGAACAUAGAAGUUGUUAUUGGGUAAUUGUUUUUACCUUUCAUUAAAAAUGGUUCUGCAUGAAUUCAAAUUAAUGAAGCAUAGUUACUAAUGCUUCUAAUAGGAAUAAUAAUUUAUCAGAGUAAAAUAAAUAUACCUUUAAAAAAAUCAAAAUUUAACAGAGCAAAGGUGUUGAUCUAAUAAGAUUUACAUUUCAAGUAAAUAAACUUAUUAAAAAUUUUCUUUUUAUGUCCAAUUAGCUGCCUCAGUGCCUAUCUCAGUAUUCAUCUAAAUCCAGACACUCUUCAUGCUGCCAUGCGACUAAUUUUACGCAUGACUCGACAACACCAAUAUGCUGUUAAGUUUGUCGCUGAAGGUGGUGCUAAAAGACUACUUACUCUAACAUCAGAAUCUAAUUUUCAAGGUUUCUUGAGCUUAGCUACCCUUAUCUUUCGACAUAUAUUGGAAGAACCUGUAUCCCUACGAUAUUGCAUGGAAAAGGUUAGUGUUAACAUUCAUUUUAUUCAGUAAAAAGGUUAUUAAAAAAAUUAAAUGCAAUUAUCAUCUUCUAUGAUUUGUUAAGGUAAUUACUGUUUAUUAUGUUACAGAAGCUGUGAAUACAUUAUUUAUAACAUUUAGACAAAUGUAGUUGAUUUUUUGUUGAUUAACUCUCUGCAGUCGGACGUUUUUUUCACAUUUCUUAAAAAUCUUAAUGUGAUUUUUUAAAAUAAUUAAUUAACUGGUCUGAAAUAGCUCUGAUCUGAUCAGUUAAAUAUAUUAACUUGUUCAUCUUUGACUCAGCUAUCAUAAGAUAUUUUUUGUAUAUUUUAUUUUCUUAGUUAUAAAAAUAAUUGAAACAUUAUUGGAGAAUUAUUUUUUUUCAUUUUAUGCAAAAAUUUGACCAAAUCUUUACACAGUAUGAAGGGAAAAAAAAAUCCUUGUUAUAAAAGAUUUAAAAUUUAUUUAAAUAAAAUACUUCAUCAACUUAUACAAUUCAUAGUCAAACAUGACAAAAAUUCUUUGAACAAUCAAAAAGUUGUCAACAUUUUAGCAAAACCUAUAUUUUGUCUUUUUUUCCUAAAAAAUGCACUAUAAUUUUUCUUUUAAUGAAAAUUAUGUUUUGUAUGUAAUAUAUUUUAAAAAAUGGGUCUCAUAGCUUAUAGAUUUGUAUAUUAAAUAUAUUUCUUAAUAAUUCUUGAGUAAAAGAUGACUAAGUAAAAUUUGAUGAAUAUAUAAAUAACUCAAAACAAGAGUCAAUUUUUUUUUUUUUUAAAUUUUAAAAUAGCGGUAUUCGCUGAUGUUAAAGUUAAAAAAAAUUAAAAUGUAUCAGUACAAUAUUGCUAAUUUUGAUAUACAUGUCAAAUACGAUCCAUUCCUCACUAAUGUGAUUUAUUUUUUCCCAUGUACCAGCAUUUUUAUAUAUCUUUGUUAUAAUCCUCACAUAACACAGGCUGAUAAACUACAGUAUUCCUUAAUUAUAUUUAUGGACUCUGAACAAAUAUUAUUUCUUAAAACAGUCUGCAGUUUUAUUAUAGUAAUUAUAUUUGAUAAAUAAGAGCUUGUUCUGGACUUGAUUUCUACAUAAGAUUAGGUAAGAUUUUUCACCACAGAAUAUUCACUCAAUAAAGAACCUGUGGAAAAAAAAAAUGAUUGAUUCAUAAAUAAAUUAACACUAAUGGUAUCAGUAAUGACAUGCUAUCAGUAAGGGAAAAUACCAUUAAUCCUAGUCCAAAUGCCUAAAUUAGUAUAAAAGUAAACCAUUGUACAUAGAAAAUACAUUAUAACAUAUGUUAUAACAAUAUUUUGAGUUUAUUCUUUAUGCAUUUUGCUACCAAGUGAUUAGAUUAAAACUUACCACCACUUGUUUUUAGGGUAAAAUCUUCAAAGAUAUUCAUCCAGUAACUCUGUAACUCAGUAAAAGGGUGGAGUCCAGGCUUAAUAUUUAGGAUCAAUAAGGAAUAAGGGCUUCUUGAUCCAAUAUCUGCAUUUUUGUCUCUCUCUCCUCCUUCCCAAUAGAGUUAGAGAGCUUUUAAUAAAAACAUAAAUGUUUCUUUUUUUAUUCUGCCGACAGUAGUCUCUACUAAUACUAGUGACUAGCGAUAAUGAUAAUUAAAUUUAAACAGAUUUCUACUAUGCAAUAUUAGAAAAUUUAGAAGAUUAUUCUUGGCUGUAACAUAUUUUAAAGAAAUAUAUUUAGUUAAUAACUCAGAAGUCCUUAACUUUAAAUUUAUUUAAUUACGCAAGUUCCAAUCGACCGAAAUUUUCCGCUAUUUUUUUAAAAUAUUUAUUUCGCAUAGCGACGCUAUUUAUUUAUUAUAUAAUUAUUGAAACUCAAUAUAAUUCAAAUAGAAUAUAUCAAUGUAAGUAUAAAUGGAUAAUAUAUACUUCAGCCAAUUAAAAUUAUAAAAAUAUCACUUUAUUGUUUUAUUAUUAAUUUUAAAGUCGGGAAAUGAUAAUUAAAAUUAAGCUUACUUGUUUACGAUAGCAUUAGUCGGUACUUUUAUAUGCAAAUCGUGAUAAAUUUCAUGAUUAGAGUCUCCAUUUGGAUACAUUGCUUUAGACAAACAAAUAACUCCUUGAUAAAUCGGGAAAUUAAAAUCAUUUGACAAUAUUCAUACUACUAUUUAAUUUUUUUUGUGAGACUUAUAUUUUUUGUUUUUUUGGAAAUCUGCGAAGCUUUCAAGGUAUACUCCGCGCUGAAUAAGUUUCCAAAAAUAUUUUUUUAAAAUAGUAAUUUCAAAUUUUGUAAUAAUUUUAAUUUUUUUACAAAUACUUAAACCAAUGAAACAAAUUAUUAAAAUAUAAUAAAUAAUUUUUUUCAAUAAAAAAAAAAGUUAAAAAAUAAAUAACCCACCCACAAAUUCUAUGGUACUUAUAUGUACCAUUUCUCUAUAGUCGGACUGCAGAGAGUUAAUCAAGUUACUUAUUUUAUGCAGUUUCUUUAAAAAAAAAAUGAUUUUAUGUAUGAAAUAGCAUAAAGACCACUGUUAUCUUUAUGACAUUUGGAAGUGUUAACCAAAAAUGUACCCAGUCAUAUCCAAAAAAAAAAUGUUUUAAUUUAAAUAUUAAUAGCCUGUGAAUGAAAGUAAUAAAAAAGGAAAUACUUAAGUUGCACCUUGAUAGGCUUGUAUACACUAUCCCAAUAGUGUUCCUAUUUAUUUUAAUUUUUAAAAAUGAAGAAUAAAUGUUUUCCAAAACCAUGGGGGCUAGCUAACAAUUCAUACUGCUCUCAAUAUUAACAUAGAUAUUAUCAUAGUUAAGAACUUUUGGUAUUUCAAGCCAAUGUAUUGUGAAUUGCACAAAUUGUUUAUAACUUAAAUUGUUUAUUAUUCUAAAGGUCAUGCGGAAUGUGUGUGCUGGAAUAGGCUCUUGUCAGUCAGGUGUCAGUCAAGGUGUUGUGGGUGCCAAAGAAAUGCAUUAUGUUCUUAGAGUCUUGGGACCAGCCGCCUGCCGUGAUCCUGAAAUGUUUGCUCAGGUGGCAAGAGACACUUUACAGAUAGCCCUUCCGCCUGCUUCUAUUAGAGGUGUGAAUUUAAAUUUAAGAGUAUUUAUUUUAAAUGAUGAAAAACUUUAUUAGAUAUUGUUAGAACAAGCCAGAGUUAAAAUAAUUAAUCCUAAAUAUAGUUACCUUCCUUAUGGGUGGAAUCUUUAAAUGUAUGCCUCAAAUUAUUUUCUCCAGGCAAUUUUAAAUUAAACUUUUGGAAACAAAACUCAAACAUUAACUGAAAAAACACAAGAUGCAUAAUUUUUUCUUAGACUCUUUCAAAUGUUCACUAGCCCUAAUGAAGUUACCAGACCACAAUUUUAAUUGUAAAUCAAUGGGACAGAGACUUUUAAAAUAUGAUUCUAUAUUUACUUUUGAAUUUAAUAUCCUUGACAUUUGCUAAAGAAAUUGUCUUAAAAUUAUACACCCUGUACCACACACCUAUUUGUAAAAAGCAAUAUUAGGUUAUUCUUACUUCUUAUCAUCCAAUUUUAGAUGAAGAUGAAAGUCGUUAUUGUGGCCCAAAUGCUCCCCAGAUCCUUAAAUGCACCCCCACUAAACAGCUGGAGUCUCUAGUCAACCCUUCUAUCAAAACAUUUAUUUGGGACCUAUUGAAUGCCCUCAUUGCAGAGCAACCUAAAAAAACUGCCAAAGACAGUAAGUUUUUAUGGUAAAAUAUUUGUAGUAAACCAUUUCAUUUGAAUGAAUAUUAGUAUUAAUAUGUGAAAGGACAUUCGUAAUAUAUUUUUAUUCAUCAUUAAUUUUGCUUAAAAAAAUUAUAAUUUUGUUCCUAAAUAUUCCAUUUUUUAUUGGUUUCUUACAAUUUUCCUCUGUUGUUAUAUUAACUGCAACUUAAAUUUGGCUAGGUACCUCUUCACUAACUAAAGGAUUGUUGACAUUAUCAGAGGCUAUACAGGAGGCAGUUUCAGAGGGCUAUUCAGGAAAUAGUGCUCACUUCUCCUAUGUGAUACGGUGUGGAACAGGAGCUAACUCACAGACAUCUGGAGAUACUGAACAGGCAUCUGGGGUAGGUUUGCUAAUAUAUUACUCAUGAAAUGGUUCUUACUGUCUUACUGCUACUGGUUAGCAAGCUUCAUUCCAAUCUAGUUUCUGGAAUCAAUAAUAAAAAAAACUAUUUCUAUAUAUCAUAUAUUCUAGCUAUGACUGGGACAGUUUAAUGAACAUUUUAGAAAUAUAUAGUGAAAAAAAAUUAAAAAAACAAAAAAACUUUCUCAACUUUCCGAGGGUACAAUUUCUAUCCCCAUUUUAAAUGUUUAAAAAAUUAAUAUGAAUGAUAAAAUUUAGUUUUUUCUAGAGAACUGGCUUUAGUUAUGUCUAGCAACAUAUUUUAACAAAAUCUAUUUCAAAUUUGUUACAAAUAAAAACAUAAGUGAAUUUUGAAACAUAAACUUUUAUAUGUGUAAAAUUCUAAUUAAGUUUAAAUUUAGUGAAUCAAGUGGCACAUGGGCAUGUUUAGUACAAAAAUUAUAAAUUUUGGUUGAUUUACAAACUACAAAAAUAUAGAAUUCUUUUAACUGUCAAAAAAAAAUGUAUAAACGACUGACAGCUGCUUUCUAGUUUAAUCUAGUUAAUCUAUUACAGGAAAGAAUGUAAUUUGAAUCAAUGCCUUUACCAAUGUACACUCCCAUUUUCCCAGGCAUUUUUAACUAAAUAAAAUUGAAGAAAUUUAAUGCCUUUCUCAUCAACUUAAAAUGUUAUUUUUAUGCAGGAAAAAGAAUCAUCUCCAACAGGAGUAGAAGGCAACAAUUGUCCCACUCUUUCAGCCUUGAUCCCCAAAUCAGCAAUUCUGAGACUUUUGUCUGAAAUUAUUAGAUCCUAUGGGAACUGCGUACAACUAAUCACUCAAUACAAUUACCUCCCAGGGCAGACCGAGCUUGUUCCAGAUGUAAGUCAUUUGGUUAAUUAAGCUAAUGUCACCAUAUAAAGCUGAGUUCAAUAUGCAACAAAAUAAAACUCCUGAUAACAGCACAAAACAAGGUGUAUGUGUUCAGUAGCUACUGUUUUUACAACUUUUGGAAAGUCUAUAGUAAUUUUGCAGUUCAGGGGCAGGAAAAAGGGUUGGAUAGGCCUUUAUUAUUUAGAAGAUUACAUUUUUUCUUCUUAAGGAGGAAAGUUUGAUUUACUAUUUCCUAAUUACAAAUUUAAAGGAUGUGGAAAAUUGUAAUUUUCAAAUCAAAACCUGAUUCAGCUACCAUUACAUAUGUAAAAAUUGCAUUGUUAGAUGUUGAGACUUGGCAAGUAGAAAGUAGUGCAAAGGCCUUCCAUUACACACUGGUUUAUAUCUUCUAGUUUGAUUUAGACAAUAUCAAUAUCACUAAAUUUUAAAAUUACUUCUUUACUGUCAGUUAAGUAUAAUAUCUUAUAAUAUUAGUCAUUGUUUCAUGAACGUUUUAUUCCAGGGCUGCUCUGUCCUUGCUUUUGUGCUUGACAGUCUUUUACCCAGCUCCCAAGAUGUUGGGGACAAUGACUGCCCAGCUUUGUCUAGAGUGUUUAUUGCAAGCAUAGCGUCAUGUAGUCACAGUCCUGAUGCUCAAAUGGCUUUAGUGACUGAGGUGAAAGGAGCCCUGCAGCGGGCCUUAGCACUUCCAGAGGGAUCCUCAAAGCAUCAGAGAAUCCAGGCUUUAGCUAGUAUUAUUAACACUAUGAUUGAUUCCUGCCCUACACCUGGGCAAGUGCCAAAUCAAGUUUUUAAGGGUAGGCAGCAUUUCACAGUGUGAAAUACACUAAGGGCACACCUAAAUUAUAGGUUAUUUGGAAUGAAAUUUCAUUCUUGCCAAAAUAGUUUAAAUUAAUACAACCACACAUAUGCACUCCAUUUUUGAAUUCACAUGGACCGGAAUACCUACUUACAAAUUUAGUAUACAAAUACAUCCCAUUAACUAAACCAAUUGGUUAUACAAUUGUAAUACCAGUUUUAUUUAAAUAUUCAACUCAAAGAACAGCAGAAAAAAACAUUUUAGAUUUAUUAGCAUUUAUAUUUUGCAAAUGAUAUUAUUAGAACUUUGUAUUAUUAAUUUUUUAAUAGGACAACAGGUGUUGAAUAACAACAUGAUGAAAAUACUGGUGAAGAAAGGGGUGCUGGUUGAUCUUGCUCGCAUCCCUCACAGUUUAGACCUAUCCUCACCAUUCUUAGCACCAACCAUCAAUGCUGCCCUGAAACCUCUAGAGACACUGUCCCGGUCAGUGAACUCUCCAGACAAAUUUGUGUCCAUGAAAAAAGCAAGUGGAGAUCACAAUACCACUGCUCCAGACCAGGGAGGAACCACAACUCAAGUGGUUACAGAGCCAUCACUUCCCAAUGGUGAUUAUUUUAUGUUUUGUGUUUUUAGCACCUCAGAAAAUUGGCAUGGUAUCCAAGUACAUGUGAUUUCAAGAUAAGUAGAGCUUGAAACUUUCUAAUGUAAUUCAUUACUUACUUUGCAAAGGUUUGUUAAAAACAUGUUAUUACUAAUAAUAAUCAGUAUUUUAUUGAUAAUGGACUUCAAUGGACUUCUUCUGCACAAGCUGUAUAUUGUCUACUUAAACACAUCCCACCUCACUAAGGAAAAUAUUUGCAUUGUCUCAAAAUAUUCUUCAAAUAGUUUUUAUAAUUCAUACUCUGAAGUAAAUGCUAGUUUAUUUUAUACCAAUAAAUAAAAUAUGAUACUGUAUGAGCCCAGAAGAUUAUAUUUUGAAAAAAAGAAAAGUUUAAAAUAAUUUGCUUAAUUUUUAAUAUAAAUAUUUGGUAUAAAAAUGUAUAAUUGAUCAUAUUUAUGCAGUUUAGUUUUAAAAAAUAUUUAAUUCAAAAGUUAAACAUGAUUAAUUCAUUUAUUUACAAGCAAAGAUGGAGAGAAAUGUCAGCAAGCGGUGAGUCUGCUACAGAAAUGGGGUGGAGGGUAAUCUCUUUUAAUUGGAAAAAAUAUAUUUUAUGAUUUUUCAAAUGUAGUUAUUUUUGUGUUUCAAGUUGAGGAGUCCCAGGGUGAGUCUUUGCCUGCAGCCUCUGUUGCAAAUGAGAUGAAUGUUACAAUUGAAGAUGUGACCAACAACCCAGAUGCCCAGAUAGAUUUAGAAACUGCUAGUGAACAUCAGAUAGCUGAACCUCAAGUUGUAGGCCAAGUAAGAAAGCUAGUGAAAUGUUCUUUAGCUCAGUAGUCAUUAUUUUCUCAUUGAAAAUGUACCUUAGAUUUAAUAUAAUAGUUAUUAUAAUAGGUAUGGCAUUUCUUUUUUCAAUUUUAUCUAAUUUUAUAGAAAUAAAUUUUAUUUUCAUCUUGCUGUUCAUUGUGUUCUAGAAAGUUGGUCCUUUUUAAAAUAUAAGGUAUUUUUUAUUUAUGAAUUAGUAAAUAAUUUCUUUUAGUAUGCUUUCUUGACAUUUUAAAGAUUGUUGUGAAUGACAUAUAUCUUUGUAAUUCUAGGAGGAAGAGCUGGACAAUGUAUUGCAACAAAUUUUUCAGACCGGCACAGGUGGAGAUCCAGAGGACCAGGUUAUAUCUGAAAUGACUAUUUCAAAUGGUAAGUUUAUCUCAAUUUAAAACUUUUAAUUUAGUCAUGUUUUCCAAAUUUGUGUGUUGUAUUUUAAAGGUACUGUAUAUCAUAUGGUAAGCUUAAUUGGUUUAAGGAAUUUAGAAAGGUGAUAAAUCUACAUGCAUGGUAAGUGCAUAAAAUUAAAUUUGAUAUGUGGGCAUAGUUUUUUAAAAUUGAGCCUUGGAAAUUACCCCAUAAGAUGAGUCUUUUAAUUUGUUUAAUAAUAGUGGGUUCAUAUAUUCAUGACAAAGUAAAAAAUUCAUAACAUAACCAAAUCUGGCACUAAACACAAGCUAAUAGCUAUUUAUUGUAUUUUCUUUGCUAAUUUAGUGGUAAUGGUGUUCCCUUGCCAUUUGUGGAGGAUUGAAUUUUAAAUUUUGAGGUUAAAGUACAUAGUUAUCAGUGUUUCUCUGGGAUGAUUAAAAUUAAAGACAAGCAUAUAACUGAAAUACAGUGAUUAUCUUAUAAUCUGAGAGAAACACUCUUUAUGGAAAAUUGAUUUUUAUACAAAGCUUAUGCAAUUGAAAAGUAGUAACAUUAUUUUAGUACCAAAAAAUAGAUAUUUUAUAGCUGUUUGAAAAAUUACUUUUAAUACAAACAAUGGCAAAUCAAGUUAUUUCAUGUUUACCUUCUAAAUUUAAUACUAUACAUUAAAAUAAAUAGAUUUAUGUUUAAAAUACUAGAAAUAUUUCAAACUAGCAAUUUAAAAAAAAAUCUGAGAAAUUUAUCAUAAAUGUUAAAAAAAUAUUUAGUAAUUUUUCAAUUUAUAUUUAAUAAAUCAAAUCUUUUUUUGUUGUUGACAUAAUGAAAAUGUUAAAGCACCCCAAAAUAUUAUUACAUUUGAUUAACCACUGUUUUUUCCUAUGGCUUGAAACAUGCACUGUUUUCAUUGCUGAAUGCAUUAAAAAGGGCUUAAUAUCACAUGGACCAUGAUGAUGAUGAUCAGUGUAUAGACAAGUAUAUAACCGAUCCGUUUCUUUGCUGAUUAUUCAUACGAUCUCCAUUUAGCUAGACUUCCAAUAGAAAAAUAAAAAAAACAAAUAACAGAAGGGCACAAUGCCGAUAAAAUAAGUACAAAAAUUAUGCUUUUGGACAAAAUACCAAAAAAGUUAUUAACAAAUAUGUCAUUGUGAUUGGAUUCUCACAUUUUUAAAAAUUGUAUACAUUAAGAAUUAAUCUAAUGGAAUUUUCAAUAAUUUAUUUCAUUGAUAUUCGUUUCAUAGAUUUUAUUACUCGAAUUUAAACUAUUUAUGAACUCCCAAUUGUCUGUAAAUUUAAAAAUUAUGCAAGAAUCUUGUAAUCUUAAAAAUAAUUUUUAAUCUGCUGUGCAAGUAUUCUCAGCGAAGAUUAUCACAAACAAGCAUAAAACUGAUUCAUUGUGCUAAUUUCUUUGAUCUGAAAGAAAAAUUGCCAACAAAUUACAUUUUAUAACAUAACAUAAAAUCUUUAAAAAAUUGAUAUAUUUAAAACCUAUCGAUUUAUUUAUAUGUGCACAUUUAAUUUAGCUGGAAAAAUUUUCUCAGCGAUGAUAAUCACAGCCAAGCAUAUAACUGAUUCAUUGUGCUGAUUUCUUUAAGCUGAGAGAAACAAUGCCAACAAAUUAUAUUUUAUAACAUAACAUAAAAUCUUUAAAUUGAUUUUAUUAUUUUUUUGCUGGCAUACGUCCGUCACAAUGUGACGAUGGUGUGGACUUUGCAGGACGAAUUCCACAAAGCCUGGGAUUAUUCUUCUAGGAUUAUAAGUUGGUUCCCAUCAGCAAAUAGCCUCUCUCCACACCGCUGGAUAAGUCCAAGGAAACAUGUGGAUGAUACAGCUUGGCGCCAGUGGCAUUCCAGGAGUUGUCUGAAUGUUUAAUUGUACCAAUAUUAUUCGUCUACUGGGCUCCAUCUCCGGGUUUGAUUUCAGAGUUUCCUUCUCUUAGAUGAGUUGCCAUCCAAGGUUGACGCGUCCCAUCCACCCUGAAAUUGAUAUAUUUACUAUUUAAUAAUACCCAUAGAUUGAUAUGUGCAGAUUUAAUUUAGCGGGUCAAAUGUUCUCAGCGAUGAUUAUCAUAGACAAGCAUAUAACUGAUUCAUUGUGAUAUUUUUUUUAUCUGAUAGAGACAAUGCCGACAAAUUACAUUUUAUAAAAAAACAAAACCACAUAUUGAAAUAUUUACUAAUUAAAACCUCUAAAUGAAUUUGUGUACAUAUAAUUUAGCUGGACAUAUUUUCUCAGUGAUGAUUGUCAUAGACAAGAAUAUAACUGAUUCAAUGUGCUGAUUUCCUCAAUCUAAGAGCAACAAUGGCAGCAAAUUACAUUUUAUAAGACAGGAUAAAAUCUUGAAUUUUAUUAAUUUAAUAUUUACAAACCGUAGUUAUAUGUUCACAUUUAAAUUAGCUGGACAAAUUUUCUCUGCUAUGAUUAUCAGAGACAAGCAUAUAACUGAUUCAUUGUGCUGAUUUCUUUGAACUGAGAGAAACAAUGCCAACAAAUUAGAACAUAACCAAACAAUAUAUUGAUAUAUUUACUAUUUAAAACCCCUAAAUGUAUAUGUGUACCCGGUACAUUUAAUUUAGCUUGACAUAUUUUCUCAGCGAUGAUUAUCAUAGACAAGCAUAUAACUGUUUCAUUGUGCUGAUUUCUUUAAACUGAGAGAAACAAUGCAGCAUAUUACAUUUCAUAAUAUAACUAAACCGUUACAUUAAUAUUUUUUACUAUUUAAAACACUUAGAUUUAUAUGUGCAGAUUUAAUUUAGGGGGACAGAUGUUCUCAGCGAGGAUUAUCGUAGACAAGCAUAUUAACUGAUUCAUUGUGCUUAUUUCUUAAAUCUGAGAGAAACAAAGCCAACCAUUUAAAUUUUACAACAUAACAUAAAAUCUUUAAAUUUACUAUUUAAAACACAUAGAUUUAUAUGUGCACAUUUAAUUCUGUGGGACAAAGUUUCUCAGCGAUGAUUAUCAUAGACAAGCUAUAUGACUGAUCAAUAUGCUGAUUUCUUUACUCUAAGAGAAAUAAUUUCAACAAAUUAAAUUUUAUAACGUAACUUAACUAUUUACUUUUUAAAAUCCAUAAAUGUAUUUGUGUACAUUUAAGUAUUUGUGUACAUUUAAUUUAGCUGGACAAAUUUUCUCAGCGAUGAUUAUCAUAGACAAGCAAAUGACUGAUUCAUUGUGCAGAUAUAUAUAAACUGAGAGAAACAAUGCAAACAAAUUAGAACAUAACCAAACAAUAUAUUGAUAUAUUUACUAUUUAAAACCCCUAAAUGUAUUUUUGUUCAUUUAAUUAACCUGGACAUAUUUCUCUGCGAUGAUUAACAUAGACAAGCAUAUAACUGAUUCAUUGUGCUGCUGAUUUCUUUAAACUGAGAGAAACAAUGCCAGCAAUAAUAUAACACAAGCCAGUACGUUAUUAUUUUACUAUUUAAACCACAUAGAUUUAUUUAUAUGUGCAGAUUUAAUUUAGCGGAUCAAAUGUUCUCAGAGAUGAUUAUCAUAGACAAGCAUAUAACUGAUUCAUUGUGCUGAUUUCUUUAAACUGAGAGAAACAAUGCCAACUAAUUACAUUUUAUAACAUAGCAUAAAAUCUUGAAUUUGAUAUAUUUAAUAUUUACAACCCUUAGUUACAAGUGCACAUUAAAAUUAGCUGGACAAAUUUUCUCUGCGAUGAUUGUCAGAGACAAGCAUAUAACUGAUUCAUUUUGCUGAUUUCUUUAAACUGAGAGAAACAAUGCCAACAAAUUAGAACAUAACUAAACCAUAUAUUGAUGUAUUUACUAUUUAAAACCUCGAAAUGUAUUUUUGUUCAUUUAAUUUACCUGGACAUAUUUUUUCAGCGAUGAUUAUCUUAGACAAGCAUAUAACUGAUUUAUUGUGCUGAUUUCUUUAAUCUGAGAGAAACAAUGCCAGCAAAUUUGAUUUUAUAAUAUAACAAAAACAAUUACAUUAAUAUUUUACUAUUUAAAACACUUAGAUUUAAAUCGGUGCUAUUUCUUAAGCUGAAUUAAUUUCUCAGCGAUGAUUAUCAUAGACAAGUGUAUAACUGAUUCAUUGUGCAGAUUUAUUUAAACUGAGAGAAACAAAGCCAACAAAUUAGAACAUAACUAAACAAUAUAUUGUUUUAUUUACUAUUUAAAAUCCCUAAAUGUAUUUUUGUUCAUUUAAUUAACCUGGACAUAUUUUCUCAGUGAUGAUUAUCAUAGACAAGCAUAUAACUGAUUUAUUGUGCUGAUUUCUUUAAACUGAGAGAAACAAUGCCAGCAUAUUACAUUUUAUAGUAUAACUAAACCAUUACAUUAAUAUUUUUACUAUUUAAAACACUUGGAUUUAUUAUAUGUGCAGAAUUAAUUUAGCGGGACAAAUGUUCUCAUUGAUGAUGAUCAUAGACAAGCAUAUAACUGAUUCAUUUUGCUGAUUUCUUAAAUCUGAGAGAAACCAAGCCAACCAAUUAAAUUUUACAACAUAAUAUAAAAUCUUUAAAUUGAUGUAUUUACUAUUUAAAACUCAAAGAUUUUUUUAUAUGUGCACAUUUAAUUUAGCUGGAAAUAUUUUCUUAGUGAUAAUUAUCAAAGACCAACGUAUAACUGAUUCAUUGUGCUGAUUUCUUUAAACUGAGAGAAACAAUGCCAGCAUAUUACAUUUUAUAAUAUAACACAAGCCAUUACAUUAAUAUUUUACUAUUUAAAACACUUAGAUUUAAAUUGAUGCAAUUUCUUAAGCUGGAUUAAUUUCUCAGCGAUGAUUAUCAUAGACAAGUGUAUAACUGAUUCAUUGUGCAGAUUUAUUUAAACUGAGAGAAGCAAAGCCAACAAAUUAGAACAUAACUAAACUAUGUAUUGUUUUAUUUACUAUUUAAAAUCCCUAAAUGUAUUUUUGUUCAUUUAAUUAACCUGGAUAUAUUUUCUCAGCGACAAUUAUCAUAGACAAGCAUAUAACUGAUUUAUUGUGCUGAUUUCUUUAAACUGAGAGAAACAAUGCCAGCAUAUUACAUUUUAUAGUAUAACUAAGCCAUUACAUUAAUAUUUUUACUAUUUAAAACACUUGGAUUUAUUAUAUGUGCAGAGUUAAUUUAGCGGGACAAAUGUUCUCAAUGAUGAUGAUCAUAGACAAGCAUAUAACUGAUUCAUUAUGCUGAUUUCUUAAAUCUGAGAGAAACCAAGCCAACCAAUUAAAUUUUACAACAUAACAUAAAAUCUUUAAAUUGAUGUAUUUACUAUUUAAAACUCAAAGAUUUAUUAUAUGUGCACAUUUAAUUUAGCUGGAAAUAUUUUCUUAGUGAUAAUUAUCAAAGACCAACGUAUAACUGAUUCAUUGUGCUGAUUUCUUUAAACUGAGAGAAACAAUGCCAGCAUAUUACAUUUUAUAAUAUAACACAAGCCAUUACAUUAAUAUUUUACUAUUUAAAACACUUAGAUUUAAAUUGAUGCAAUUUCUUAAGCUGGAUUAAUUUCUCAGCGAUGAUUAUCAUAGACAAGUGUAUAACUGAUUCAUUGUGCAGAUUUAUUUAAACUGAGAGAAGCAAAGCCAACAAAUUAGAACAUAACUAAACUAUGUAUUGUUUUAUUUACUAUUUAAAAUCCCUAAAUGUAUUUUUGUUCAUUUAAUUAACCUGGAUAUAUUUUCUCAGCGACAAUUAUCAUAGACAAGCAUAUAACUGAUUUAUUGUGCUGAUUUCUUUAAACUGAGAGAAACAAUGCCAGCAUAUUACAUUUUAUAGUAUAACUAAGCCAUUACAUUAAUAUUUUUACUAUUUAAAACACUUGGAUUUAUUAUAUGUGCAGAGUUAAUUUAGCGGGACAAAUGUUCUCAAUGAUGAUGAUCAUAGACAAGCAUAUAACUGAUUCAUUAUGCUGAUUUCUUAAAUCUGAGAGAAACCAAGCCAACCAAUUAAAUUUUACAACAUAACAUAAAAUCUUUAAAUUGAUGUAUUUACUAUUUAAAACUCAAAGAUUUAUUAUAUGUGCACAUUUAAUUUAGCUGGAAACAUUUUCUUAGUGAUAAUUAUCAAAGACCAACGUAUAACUGAUUCAUUGUGCUGAUUUCUUUAAACUGAGAGAAACAAUGCCAACAAAUUAGAACAUAACUAAACCAUAUAUUGAUGUAUUUACUAUUUAAAACCCUGAAAUGUAGUUUUGUUCAUUUAAUUUACCUGGACAUAUUUUCUCAGCGAUGAUUUUCUUAGACAAGCAUAUAACUGAUUUAUUGUGCUGAUUUCUUUAAUCUGAGAGAAACAAUGCCAACAAAUUUUAUUUUAUAAUAUAACACAAACCAUUACUUUAAUAUUUUACUAUUUAAAAUACUUACAUUUAAAUCGGUGCUAUUUCUUAAGCUGGAUUAAUUUCUCAGCGAUGAUUAUCAUAGACAAGUGUAUAACUGAUUCAUUGUGCAGAUUUAUUUAAACUGAGAGAAACAAAGCCAACAAAUUAGAACAUAACUAAACUAUAUAUUGUUUUAUUUACUGUUUCAAAUCUCUAAAUGUAUUUUUGUUCAUUUAAUUAACCUGGACAUAUUUUCUCAGCGAUGAUUAUCAUAGACAAGCAUAUAACUGAUUUAUUGUGCUGAUUUCUUUAAACUGAGAGAAACAAUGCCAGCAUAUUACAUUUUAUAAUAUAACACAAACCAUUACAUUAAUAUUUUACUAUUUAAAACACUUAGAUUUAAAUUAAUGCAAUUUCUUAAGCUGGAUUAAUUUCUCAGCGAUGAUUAUCAUAGACAAGCGUAUAACUGAUUUCAUUGUGCAGAUUUCUUUAAACUGAGAGAAACAAUGCCAACAAAUUAGAACAUAACUAAACAAUAUAUUGUUUUAUUUACUAUUUAAAAUCCCUAAAUGUAUUUUUGUUCAUUUAAUUAACCUGGACAUAUUUUCUCAGCGAUGAUUAUCUUAGACAAGCAUAUAACUGAUUCAUUGUGCUGAUUUCUUUAAACUGAGAGAAACAAUGCCAGCAUAUAACAUUUUAUAAUAUAACACAAGCCAUUACAUUAAUAUUUUACUAUUUAAAACACUUAGAUUUAAAUUAAUGCAAUUUCUUAAGCUGGAUUAAUUUCUCAGCGAUGAUUAUCAUAGACAAGUGUAUAACUGAUUUAUUGUGCAGAUUUAUUUAAACUGAGAGAAACAAAGCCAACAAAUUAGAACAUAACUAAACUAUAUAUUGUUUUAUUUACUGUUUAAAAUCUCUAAAUGUAUUUUUGUUCAUUUAAUUAACCUGGACAUAUUUUCUCAGCGAUGAUUAUCAUAGACAAGCAUAUAACUGAUUUAUUGUGCUGAUUUCUUUAAACUGAGAGAAACAAUGCCAGUAUAUUACAUUUUAUAAUAUAACACAAACCAUUACAUUAAUAUUUUACUAUUUAAAACACUUAGAUUUAAAUUAAUGCAAUUUCUUAAGCUGGAUUAAUUUCUCAGCAAUGAUUAUCAUAGACAAGCGUAUAACUGAUUUCAUUGUGCAGAUUUCUUUAAACUGAGAGAAACAAUGCCAACAAAUUAGAACAUAACUAAACAAUAUAUUGUUUUAUUUACUAUUUAAAAUCCCUAAAUGUAUUUUUGUUCAUUUAAUUAACCUGGAUAUAUUUUCUCAGCGAUGAUUAUCUUAGACAAGCAUAUAACUGAUUCAUUGUGCUGAUUUCUUUAAACUGAGAGAAACAAUGCCAGCAUAUUACAUUUCAUAAUAUAACCAAACCAUUACAUUAAUAUUUUUACUAUUUAAAACACUUAGAUUUAUAUGUGCAGAGUUAAUUUAGCGGGACAAAUGUUCUCAGUGAUGAUUAUCAUAGACAAGCAUAUAACUGAUUUAUUAUGCUGAUUUCUUAAAUCUGAGAGAAACAAAGCCAACCAAUUAAAUUUUACAACAUAACAUAAAAUCAUUAAUUUGAUGUAUUUUCUAUUUAAAACUCAAAGAUUUAUUAUAUGUGCACAUUUAAUUUAGCUGGACGUAUUUUCUUAGCGAUAAAUAUCAUAGACCAACGUAUAACUGAUUCAUUGUGCUGAUUUCUUUAAACUGAGAGAAAUAAUGUCAACAAAUUAAAUUUUGUAACGUAACUUAAUUAUAUAUUGAUAUAUUUACUGUUUAAAACCGUUAAAUGUAUUUGUGUACAUUUAAGUAUUUGUGUACAUUUAAUUUAGCUGGACAAAUUUUCUCUGCGCUGAUUAUCACAGGCAAGCAAAAGACUGAUUCAUUGUGCUGAUUUCUUUAUUCAGAGAGAAUCAAUGCCAACAAAUUUCAUUUAUAACAUAACAUAAAAUCAUUAAAUUGAUGUAUUUACUAUUUAAAACCCAAACAUUUAUAUGUGCACAUUUAAUUAAGCUGGACAUAUUUUCUUACCGAUAAAUAUCAUAUACAAGCAUAUAACAGAUCAUUUUGCUGAUUUCUUUAAUGUGAGAGAAACAAUGCCAACAAAUUAUUACAUAACUAAACCAUAUAUAGAUAUAUGUACUAUUUAAAACCCCUAAAUGUAUUUGUUUUCAUUUCUUUUAGCUGGACAUAUUUUUCUCAGCGUUGAUUAUCAUUGACAAUCAUAUAACUGAUUCAUUGUGCUGAUUUUUUUAAACUGAGAGAAACAAUGCCAGCAAAUUACAUUUUAUAACAUAGCAUAAAAUCUUGAAUUUGAUAUAUUUAAUAUUUACAACCCUUAGUUAUAUGUGCACAUUUAAUUUAGCUGGACAAAUUUUCUCAGCAAUGAUUAUCAUAGACCAGCACAUAAUUGAUUUAUUGUGCUGAUUUCCUUCAACUGAGAGAAACAAUGCCAACAAAUUAGAAUAUAACUAAACCAUAUAUUGAUAUAUUUACUAUUUAAUGUAGCUUUACACAUUUCUCAGCAAUUAUUAUCAUAGAAAAAUAACUAAUUGAUUGUGCUUAUUCCUUUAAUCUGAGAGAAACAAUGUCAAACUGAUUCAUUGUGCUGAUUUCCUCAAUCUGAAACAAUCUUAACAAAUUACUUUUUCAAUGUAUAUUUUUAGAACAACAAAGAAAUAGAUACUUUGAUACUCUGUGCUAUGUUCUCUGCAAAUUGGGCAUGCAAUUAGUUGUUUUGUUUUAACAAAAAAAAUGGAGUUAAAAAAAAAAAAUCACAGUAAAUAUUAUCAUAGACAAGCAUAUAACUGAUUCAUUGUACUGAUUUUAUUAUCUGAGAUAAACUACAGUCCUCAAAUUACAUUUAAAAAAUAAUUUUUUUCACAGAAUCAAUAUUUUUUUAAUUUGUGCUAAUUUACUUGUUCUUUUAGAACCAACUGGUGGUGAUGAAGAUAAUGAAAUAUUAAUUGAUGUUGAGGUUGAAGGAGAUGAUGAUGAUUAUGAGGCACAUGAUUCUCAAAUGGUCAGCCAAGUGCUCUCUGAUGAAGAUGAUGAGAAUGAUGUUAGAGAUCACAGAGGCAAGUGACAUACACAUUUAUACAUUUCUGACAAUGUUUAAAUAAACCAAUAUAGUAUCUUUGAGAAAUCAAAUGAUUUAAGCCAACACUACCAUAGGCAUACUAAAUCAGUGUCUGAGAAUCUUAUGCUUGUGCAUAUUAUAAGUAGUGAAAAGUAGUACUUACUUUUUUUUUCAAUUCAAUUGUGUUAAAGGGGGAAAAUGAUUUAUCCUGUCAAUUAUAAUAUUUGAAUACUGAUACUUCAAUUUUUUUUUUAUUGUUGCUUACCAAUGACAUUUUUAAAAAGUAAAUUUAAAAAAAAGCUUGAACUUAUUAAUCUACUUGACAUAUUUGUUUGUAUAACGUAACAUCAAAAAAAAAAAAAUAUCCCCCUUUAAAACGGAAUUGUAAAAAAUGUAUCAAAAUCAUUAGAUCGUGAUGACAACCAGGAUGAUGUAUCUGGUGAUGAAGAAGACUAUGAUGAGGCAGAUCAAGAGGAGAUAGGAGAAGAGGAUGAAGAAGAUGAUGAAGAGGAUGAAGAUGAGGAUGAUGAUGAUGUAAGUUUUUAGUUUUUAAUACCAGAUUAAACAUUAAAAAAAAUAAAACACUGGUUAACUGGUUUAUGAAAUAAAAAGUUUUUGUGCUUGCAUAACAAUCUUUAUAUUAUUACACCACUUAAUAAAAGAAUCCUUGCAUGUAUAAGAUAUUCAGGUAACUUGUAUUAUUGACUUAGUACCAGUGAUAAUUGUUUCAGAUGGUUAAUUUAUUUUAAAAAGUUUAUAAUGUAACCACUGUAAUUAGCGUAAUUGAUGCAUAUCUUUUCUUCUUCUGGCUUUUUCAUAUUCAAAAUACUUUAUUUAAUAGGCAUCUGAUAUUGAUGGGGAAAAUGAUGACUAUCAAGAGAUGAGAAACCCUUUUGAUACUGAUGAUUUAGUUUUCCACAUGGAAGAUUUUCCCUCUGGAGGUGAGAAAAGUUUAUGUGAUAUAAGAAGCACCAAACUGAAUUUCUCAUGUCAGUUUUACAAAUUAAGAUUCCCUAAUUCAUUCAUUUGAAUGUAAGCACUGAAGUUUUAGCGUAUAAUAAUUGAAAAAAAAAAAUGGGUUUGUUGCAGGUGGUGGUCAACACAUCAUUUUCAAUGACACCAGCCAGAUACAAACUUAUCAACUACCUGUUCACCUACAUGAAAGUGACACAGGAGCUGAUUCAUGUGGGUAUUUUAUGUUUUUCAUUUAUAAAUGGCUCUGAGUUUAUUGUCAGAAAAUCAAUUACUUAUAAACAGUUUUAAAAUAUUUUUUGUCCAAUUUAAAAAAAGAUUUAAGGCACUUAAUUGUAGUUUUAAAGAAUGCACUAAAUAUCAGUUGAGACAUUACAACAAUACAUUUCAAGUUAGCUAUUAUGUAGUUAUAUGGUUAUGCAAAUUUAUUCAGUUUUAAGAUGUGUCUCAUGUUUUGAACAAUAUGUGAAAAGGAACUGAGCGAAAAGUAUGGGAAAAUUUUUAAAAAAAUGGACGCAACUAAGGACUGAGAACCAGUAUACAAAGAAAAAUUAUGCCAAAGCUAGUGAUACUACUAGGUAUUCUGAAUGAAAAUUUCAUAAUGAAAUUAAAUAGAGCUGUGGCUUAAUCAAAACAAAACCAAUUUUAAUUCUCUAUCUCCAAUUUUAGAAAGUUAUGCAUUUUUAAAAUCUCGGAAAAGGCGUUAAAUUUUAGAUGACUCAAAAGUGUAGUUUUGACAACCGCAAUCUUCUAAAUAACUAAGUCGGAACUUUCAAAUCUCACGCACACAAAGAAAGUUAAUACAUACAUAUAACAAACUCAAUUUUUUUUUCAGGAUUGUGGCAAAGAUGUAAAAAAAUUUAUUCAUAAAAAAUAAACACAUUCACACAAAGAGAACAAUCUUGGAAGGCUCCUAUUUUAUGUCUUGUAAAUGUCUUGGAAAAUUAGCAAAAAUCUCUCCUGGCAGGGAAAGCUGCUGGCUUAUUUAUUGGUAUCAAGAUGAAAUCCUCCAGAAAAGGAAUACUAGAAAUAGCAUCACCAGAUUGAAUUCUUUAGUACCAAUAUAACGUAAACAACUUUUUCCCAAUCAAGGAAGGGAUUGGCGUGGUAUAGCGCUACACAUUAAUGGGUGACGUCAAUAUUAAAACAAAAAAAAAGGGAGACGUGGUGGUCGCAACAACGCUACACUAAAGUUAAAUUAGGUCAAGACUCAAGCUAUAACAUUAGCAUUUGCUUUUAAGAGUAAUAACUAUGUAUGUCUGUGUAACAUUCUAAACAGGGGUUAAGACUUCUUCCUACUUGAUUACAAUUAUUAUCUGUUUAAUUUUAGUACCAAGCAUGCCACCUGCACCAAGCAACAUAACAAGCACUCACCCUCUACUGAUGAGACAAGGGGAUGCUCACUCUGCCCGUGGACAUCGUGGCAGUAGGCAGAGGAUGAGGACCCUUCCUACUGUUCAUGUCAACCUCAACUCUACAACACGACAACCCAACACACCAGUUAUUUUACAGAGGUAUCUGAUUAUUGCAUUUAAUUUUUAUUUAAACUAUAGUUUCUUUUGUAAUUCUGACCAUUUGGGUUUAUGACCAUUCAGUGCAUUCAUUUUGAUGACAGCAUUUUCCUGAUGACAAUUAGACAAAGAUAAAGAAAUUAUUUAAAUGAAAAUAUAUACCGUAUUCAUUGGCGUACAACACGCCCCCGCGUAUAACACGCACCUCAAUUUAAGAAGGAAAUUUCAGGGAAAAAAACUAAACAUUAUAUCGGCGUAUAACAGGCACACAUCAUUUUCCCCCUAUUUUCAGGGAGAAAAAGUGCGGGUUAUACACCAAUAAAUACAGUAAUUAAUAAUCAACAAGUGCUUAAAAAUCUAUAUUUGUUUGUUUGUGGGUUUGUUUUUUGCUCCGUUUGUUUUUUUGCAUAGGCUCCUCUGUGGAAUUAUGGAUCUGGAAGAAACGUAUAAUACAUGAUUAAAAUGCUUGCAGUGUUUGAAAAAAAAAAGAACAUCACCAUUAGGUGCUUAAUGCCAAUGUCAUACUUAAAAUUCUUUGAAAAAUAAUAAAAUCUAAAUCAGCUAUAGCUUAAAUUUUUGAACCCAUUGGGUAAAUGAUUUUAAAUUAUUAUAACUGUUUUGUGACAUGGUCCAAUUUCAAUCUUAACUAAAAUGGUCUGGGCACUGAUCUCAAUGUCAAGUGAUACAGCUAUUGCUCUUUCAAGUUUUUUAUCAAAUGAUUUUUUAAAUUUAGAGUGGUUCUUAUCCUAUUGCGGGUCCCAAAUUUCAAUCUUAACAGAAACGGCCCUUUCGUGUUGGGGCCCCAAUUUCCAUUGACAUUUUUGCAAUAUUAUAUUAACUAAUAAUACUUUUAUCUAAAUAUGGGAAGUAGACUUGUUAUUAUCUUUAUUUUACUUUUCUAAAGACUUCUUGGACCAUCUACUGCAGCAGAAAUCCUUCAAUUAACUAGUAAUCUGAGUCAUGUACAGAAUGCAGGAGGUUCAGGACCUACAAGAGUUGUCCUUGCUGGAGAUAAUCUACCUUUAAUUCAAAGAGGCCCCGAUGAUGACUUAUUUGAGGAGCUUUUUCAGGUAAACUAAAAAAAAAAGUAUUAAUGUCUGUGAACUGAUUAGCUACAUCGGUGGAAACCGAGGUUGACAGGAGAGAAGCCCACUGGAUAAAGGACAUCAGAGCCUUGGUUAACUGAUGGUUGGGAUCAGUGGGCAAGAAGUUGAGAUAACUUUAUGAAGGUAUCAUGAAAACUUGGAAUGAUAAUGCUAGACUUUUCAAAUAAAAUGUAUGAUUUUAAAAAGUACUUCAGGACAAGAUAGAAUCUGUGUGAUCGGUUGAUAUAAUCUGGGCUAUAAUGAUUUUUUAAUUAAAUUAAGUAAUUUGUUGAGAUCUACAAUAAAUGAGAGAAUUGGUCGCUGUAUUCUUUGGUUAAUACAAAGCAUAAGAACCAAAGCAUGAUGUAGUAACAAGUUAAGUGGGACAAAUCUUAGAAGAUUAUUUAUUUGCCAUAAGAAAGGUGUAUAAAUUUUGUUUAAGAAAUAUUAAAUCAGACCCUCAAGUUACACUUACUACUUGAUUAGUUUUUUUUUUAUUAAACUAUAUUAUGUAAUUCAGGAUCCCUAUGCAGAUGGUGGGUCAUCAGGAACUGGUGCUUUGUCUUGCAUUCCGUCAACACUAUCUCGUUGGACUGAAGAGACUAAAGUUUUGGAUGGUGAUGGUGUUCAUGAUCUUGUAAUGAGUACGUUGUGCUUUUAAAUUGCUUACAUUCUUUGUCAUUUAUUCUUUUUUAAAAAAAAAAAUUUUAUUUUCAAAAUGUUCUGAUUUAUGUAUAUAUAUACAUUGAUUUUGUCUCCGAUAAUGGAUAUGAGGCUUGGAUUCUUCGGAACCCUCGCUGAGGAUUAAAAACGUGGCCCUGAGAAACCCACUCCUAGGUGACCGUUUUGUCCCGACAAAGUCCUGUCCGAACUACUCCCAGAACGGUGGGGUGAGGUAACGCAACACCCUCCCCGGAGAGGAAGCAAAGCCAUUUUGACCCACGUCCACACAACUCCCAGGAACGGUGGGAGAAAGUUAAGCUCCAGACUACUCCCGGAGAGGAGGUAAAGCCAUGCCACACCAAGGAACGUACGGCUCCCUGGACGGUGGGGUGAGGUAACGCAGCACCAUCCCCGGAGAGGAAGCAAAGCCGUUCCAAACCAACGUCCAGACCGUAUGACUCACUGGGCAAAGGGGGUGGCGACGCAAACUGUCCCCUAAUGAGUGGAAGCAAACUGCCCAACUCCCCUACUCGAGACCGUGUUGCAUGGCCGGGGCCCUUAGGGACUACUGGGCCAUGUUCCAUGGCCGGGGUCGUAAGAGUCGUAAGACUCUUGACCUCCUAAGAGUAUUGAACAUUUGGAGUUGCUUCAGAGUAAUUUCAAAUAUUUCAGUGGGUCUCCUGAAGAAAGUUUUCUUUAUCAUACAUUGCUAUUAAUGAGUAUUCAGAUAUGAAACAUUGAGAAAUAACACUAAAACCCAUCAGUUAACAACAGUUAAGAACAAGCUUUUACAAGCUACCCUGUAACUCAAAUAUUUUAAUAGUGCUGAAACAGUCCCACUGAUUGCCUCACAGCUUCAGAUAAAUUGGAAUUAUUUUUAUUUCUCUUUUGAUAUAGUUCUUAAACCACCACUUAUUGAAGAGUUGGUUAAAAGACGAGAUGAAGAGCUAGCAGAAAGGAAAGAAAAGAGGAAAAAGAGUGCUGAAGCUUCUGGAACUACAGAUGAUAAGAAAAAAGACAGUCUGCUUGAAUCCAAACCAGUGGCCAAUAGUAGCUCUUUAGGGGUGUGUGCUUCCCCCUUCAUUUUUACAAAUAUUUCAUGUUCAUAAAUGAAAUUAUUGAAUAAGAUAGUUUCCCUAGUGUUAUUGAUUAGAUGUUUCAUGCUAUUUUUGUUUACGACUGAGUUGUUUGUCCUAAUUAUUUCCCUACCAAUGAAUAAUUUUUUCAAAGUUUUAUAAUUUUCUUAUAAUUCCAGCCAAUAAUCACAACUCCCCGAUUACGAAUGUCAAAUGCAGUGGACAAUAGCAGUUCUCUGGGGGUGUGUAUUGUCCAAAUUUUUCUUCUUUACAAUCAUACUUCAUAGUUUUAGUGGUAUAAAAAGACAAAUAUAAUUUAGUAAACAGUGCAAUAUUGUUUUUCAAAUAUUAAGACCGAUUUCUGACCUAAUUUAUUGGAAAAAUAAACUAUCUUCUAGUUUUCAAUUAAUAAAUUCUAAUAAGUAUAAAAGUUUUCCAUUUAUUUCAGCCAAUUAUUACUACACCACGUUUACGGACUUCAAAUGCUGAAAAUAGUGCCAGUCAAGGUUGUUUUUUUAAAUAUUAUUUUUAAGUAUUUAAAACUUUAAUUUUUAGUAAUGCUUAUUAAGAUCUGAUCAUUAAAUAUUUUUCUGUCUAUUAAAAUAGUAACUAAGCUUUUGAUUUGCUUAAUUGAUAAAAAAAAUUUAAAUAAGAUAUUUUUCUUUCCAUAGCUGCAGAAAUCUUGGCCUCAGCUAUGGUAGAGCAAGUUUUUUCACCAUUGGUAGCCAGCUCUGUGUCUGCCUUAUCACAGCCUGCAGCUACUAUUGUAACAUCUGCUUCAGCUGGUUCUGCACCUCGGUCUGCUCCUGCAUCUGCUGUAGCUAAUAGUAUAGACUUCACUCCAGUGCAGACCAAUUCUAGACUUCCUGCAUCUGCAUCAGAAUUUGCGUCUAAUGUUACUGGUGCCCAUGGACCCGUAUCAGUUAAUUCUUCAGCAAUAUCUCAAAGUCGCUUUGUUCGGCAACCAAUGAUGGUUAUUCAGCCGUCCGCAACAGAUUCAGGAUCCCAAUCCUCUUUUAGCCAUGAACAUCCAGUGAUUCCUCUAUCUUCAAGACCUUUAACUUCUAGCAGUUCUGGGAAUCUAAGCUCAACGCAGUCUGUCUUGGGUGACAACGUACCCCCAGCAAGUACAAGUUCCUUCAACUCAAUAUGGCAAGCAGCAUCAGAGACUCUAGCUAGCCAUCUUCGAGACAAUCCCCAUCUUGAGGGCUGGGCAACUGGAAUGACUGGAACUAUGAGCUCAACAGAUGAGACCAGGCCUUCUCCCACACCUAAUCCUAUCCCAGGCUCUAUGAUAAGUCAGCUUCUUGACAGCAUUAUGUCUGACCAGCCAUACACAGGUGGUGGGAGCACAAAUACCACACCAUCCAUUCCUCCCCCUCCUUUACCUUUACCAAGUUCUGCACUACCAGGCUCUCGACCUCCAUUAGCCAUCAGGUAAUUUUUUGGGGUCUUUUUUUUCCCCUUACUGUUUAUCUGAAGAUUGCGUAAAAAAUUCCAGCUACUUAUUUUAUUUCUGAAUUUUUAUUGUUAAAUUUGAAUAUAUCCUAACAGCAUUUUUAAAUGUAGUGAGCAUUUUAACAUAAUUGGAUACACUACAUGUUCUAUUUCAAGUGGAAUGUCUUAUCAAUUGUUUUAAUUAAAGGCAUAAUCCUUGGCAUCAUGAGGGACAAUUUGGAAGUACCGGUUUACCAACUUAUUUCUACGGCAGUCCUAAUAUUGAUACCCUCACAACACAGUCGUCAACCACAGCAACCCUGAAUAAUCCUCAACAGAGGCUAACUGGGGAAAUGGCUACCUCAUCAAUGUCUUUCCCACAAUCUGUGGCUAGCUCAAGUAGACCUGUCCCUGCACUUUUUGAGCUGCGUAAGUUAUAAAAGAUUUUACAAAUAUUUUUUUGGGUACUUUGUAAAGCAUUAUACAUUUUAAAUAUAAUUAAUUAAGGCUUUAUUUUCUAUUUUUUACACCCACACUGAUAAAUGGGGAAUAAUGGGUUCAAGGGAAUAACAAAUGAUCUGAUGAGGGAUACUAAGAGUUAAGUUCUUGAUUGCGUUGUUAAAAAUAAGUCUACGUUGCUUAGUUUAUUUUAUGUAUUUUUGAAAUAAUAAAGCUUAAGCUUAUAUUACACAAUAACCGUUGUAAAUUGUUCUUGAGAAACAAACAUGUUAUUGGGUAUAUGUCAUGAUUAUGUCUCUUUUGAUAACAUUUUUAUGUACAGCGCGGUGAGCCCAGCCCUAGGCUGGGGUACCGCGCUACAUAAGACCUCUUAUUAUUAUUAUUAUUAUUAUUAUAUGGUUAAAAGGUUGAGGAACACUACUUUUGAAAUAACAUCUUAAUUUUGUUCUUUCAGCUUCACUAACUGAAAGUGCACCGCAAACACCUGCAAGUUCUACACCUCUAUGCAGUGGCCUUGAUCUUGCUUAUGACUUCACCAGCAUUUUCUCUCAGGCUCAGCAACCAUUUUAUAGGUUUUUUUUCAUAAAGAUGACCAGCAAAUAAAAUAUUUAAAGUUAUCUAUAUUUUAUGCAGUUAAGAGACAUAAAUUUUGAUUAUUUUGGUAUGGUGGGAUUCUGCAAUUUGAUCAUCUUAAUUUGAAUGCACAUAUGUUUUUGGUGCUUAUAGGAAAUGAAUUUAUCAUGAUUUAACAUUUAAAAUGUGCUUUAAUAUUUAUUGACCUACAUUUAGUUUUAUAAGGGUAUAAUUUACAAACAUUAAGAUGUAAAUAUUUCAUUUCAUUGUUUUUCCUAUUACAGCAGUGGAGUCACAGGGGCAACACCACCAUUAAGCAACCUCACGUUUGUUACGACCACAACACCAACCACAUUACCAACAACCACCACAGUCACACCUAGUAUUCCAUCAGAGACGUUACCAAGCAGCAGUGCCUCUAGUUCAAGCAUAUCUGGAGCACAGCAGUCACAUGGAGUAACCAGUUCAGGUUAGUAACAAGCACAUUUUUUUACACCACUAUGAUGGGUAGGAUAUGGGGUAUGUCCAAAUUUAGCAUAAUGAAAAUUAAAAGCAAAAAUGCCAAAGUAAUUUUUAUUUUGAAGUUUGCUGAAACCAUAAUAGUAUUAGAAUCUAUAAACACUCUGACCCCCAUAAGAUAUAACUGAAUGAAUGCCAUUUUGUUUCAUGGCUUAGCACUGGUACAUUUAUGCCACAGUACCUAAGCUAAAAUGAUGUAAUCAGUACACCUCUAAAAUGUCAUUUUUGAGUUCAAUUUUGCCUUUAAAAAAAUGCACUAGCUAAAAUCAAGUUUGAUAUCAAUACACUUUUUCUGACAUUUUUCAUUUCUCUUCACAAUGUUCAUACUGAAAUUUACAGGCUCUGGUUUUUAUUUUAGUAAUAUAUUUACUAUUUUAUCAUUUGGGCAGCCAUUUAAAAUAUGACAAUGAAAAUUGAAAUUCCAUUUCUAUGCGGCCAUGAAGAAGCAUGCCUAUCAGCACCAAAGCACAUCCAUGAUGUCAGUUUAAAAAUGGCAUUCCUACCCAUUGUGCCCGGAUAUAUUUAGGACCUGAACAUAUUGCCCAUUUGUGGGAUUUUAGGCUUGAUGUUACAAACGGGUUCUUACCAAGUUCGUUUGUUUCGUUUGUCACUUAAAAACAAACCAAUACUUCAUAAAACAAACAUCUCUUUUUUUCAAAUACAAUACUUGCUGAAAAUCCAACAUCUCAGCACACCAUGACAACAAAACUCUCAUGUCAUUUCCCCUUACACAAAAUACGUCACAAAAUACUAUGCAUUUAAUAGCAACAUCCACCCAAAAUAAUCUACCCAUACAACACAAAAUCACAAUAUGCGUAAAAGUCGAUAACACUGGACACUGUUUGUUUGCGUGAAUAAUGUAUGUUUUGUCACAGUUUCUAGCCACAUUGAUAAUCAGUAGCACUUUGCAAUUUCCUAAAUGAGCACUAUUCUAUUUACUAACAGGGAAACUACUCCCAAUGAAACGUCCUUCCAUUAUUGGCAAUCUUUAUCAUUGCUGGUUAUCAGCCACCUUAUAUAUAUGUCACCUUAGUGACAGUUGAAAUGCUACAAGCCCUAAUAAUUGACUUGACAAAUCCAUCUCAAGUAUUAGGUCAAGUAUUCUGAUACAACUAACUGGUGGUUUUGGGGAAAGUGCCACCGCUGACUACCAGAAAGGUCAAGCUAAAAAAAUUAAAUUAAAAAACUGUGAGGGAUUACAAAGCUCAUUAGAAGACAAAAGUGCAAAUAUUUGCUGAUAGCUUUCAUCACAGGAGUUAAACGGGAAAAAGAAGGCAUAAUAAUAUAAAUACAAAAUAUUUUAAUACAAAAUUUGUGCAGUUUUUUUUAAUUGUCUAUUGCCAAGUUGGCAAUCCUCUUAGCUUUGUAUUUUUUGAACAACUUUUAUGAACUUAGAUUAAGCCAUCUUUUUCUUAAUAUCUUCAUCCUGAUCUCUUUUGUAAUAUAAGUGCAUUUUUUUCUUUUCAUUAGAGCCAGAAAUACCAGAAGGUGUUGACCCAUCUUUUUUGGCAGCACUACCAGAGCACAUUCGUCAGGAAGUGAUCUCAGAACAGUUGCGCCUUCAGCGGAUCAGGCGACGGGCACAAGAACAGGCACAACAAAGUACCUCAACAAGUGACUCAGGAGGGGGAGAGGGCACCACGACUAUGGAAGUUAACCCUGAGUUUUUAGCUGCUCUACCACCUGCUAUCCAAGAGGAGGUAAAUAGUUAAUUGAUUGGCUAGUUUAUCUUUUACUGGUGAUGUAAAAUAAUGUAAUGCGCAUAAAUCACAUACCAAAGGCAAUAUUAAUUUAUUAAUAAAAAGUUAGUAAUAAAAUUUCAAUAAGAUAUUUCUCUGCCAAUAAAAUAUGCAAAAAUUAUUGUCACUUUCAUUUUACCUUCCAGGUGCUUGCUCAGCAGAGAGCAGAACAGGCAAGAAUGGCAGCUUUGCAGCAAAGUGCAGCCAACCCUGACCUCCCAGUGGACCCAGCCACUUUCUUCUCCACGCUGUCCACCUCCCUUAGACAGCAGGUCCUCUCGGACAUGGAUGAUAGCAUGUUGGCUGUACUACCCCCUGAGCUGGCAGCUGAGGCACAGGAACUGCGUCGAGACAUGGAAGAAAGACAUAGACGACUGCUGCAGGAGCGGCUCUUUGCUCAGGCUGGUGCGGCUUCAAUCUCAGCUAUUCUCAGGCACAACGGUUAGGCCUUUGUCGUUCUUACCCCGUUUUCAGCUGCUGCUUGCAAUCAAUUCCUAUAAUCACUACAUUUCUAAAGAUUUCUUUGCUAACCUGCUUAUUCAACUAUUGUUCCAUCACUUUUAGGAUCUUAGUAGUGGCAGAAACUGGAAAAUGCUUAGUUGCAUUUUUGUCUUCCAUAAUUUUCCUAUUCUUCGUUUUAGAAAAUGUUUAGAUUAGCAUUUAAAUAUUGAAGUUUAUCUCAGAUAAGUGCAUUCUGAAAAUUACUGAAUUUUUUAAUAUAUCCCAAACAAAUACUGAUUUAAAUACAAUCUUAAUUUAAUUCAAUAAUAGGUUGUUGGUUAUUCAUUCUACUGUAAAUAGUGAUGGCUUUAGUGCAUACUUUUACUGUAUCUGAAGAGUAGGUUCUGAACCCACCUUUAAGUAGCUUUAACUGAAUUGCUGAUAGACAGUUUUGGCUUUUUAUCUUCAUACUUUUUUCAAUUCUGCUAUCUUCCUUCAUAACAGAUACUACCAUCUUUUGGUUUUUCCUGGUUUCUCUUGUACAGCAUGAAUUAGAAGAAGGAAUUUUAUAGUAAUCAGUGACUUCAACAUGGAUUAUUAAUAUUUAAAAUUAAUUUUGAGGAUAGCGAACAUUUGUUAAUCUUUUUUUAAUCUAAUAUUUUAUUAUCAAAAGUACUAGAUAUUUUUAUGAAUUUUUUUAGAAUAUUCAAAUCAAUAAAUUUAUCAUAAUUAACUCAUGUGUUACAAGUGCAUGAAUUUAACGCUUACAUUUAUUCCGCACAAUUACACAUCAGAAACGAAAGGAAUUGGCCUUCGGAAUGAUAAUUUUAAUUACUCAGCAUGGCGACAAUUGUUUUGUCAUAUCUCAAUUUUCAUCACUGGGAUAUUAAUGAAAGAAAAGCUUUGCAUUUAUUUUGAAACUCGUGAAAAAUAUUUAUUCUUUAAGUAUUGUUAUUAGCAAUUAAGCCAUUAGUGUAUUUAAAUUAGCCAUCUGAAAGAAAAAGAAAAAAGCCAUCUAUUAUUACCAGUCUUUUAACUACAAGCCUUUGGACUUGUGAGAAACUGAGAACUAAUGAAAAUUUAACAAAAAAUCACACUACUGACUGCUGUACUUUUAGAUGUGCUUAUAAUAAAUGCAACUUAAAACAGUAGUGUUCUAAAGAUAGUUUUGUGUCAAUGAGGUCAUGGUCAUCCUUUUACAAACUCCAUAAUAUGGAUAUUCUUAUUAGCCCUUGUCAAGUUAACAAUGGACUUAUUUAUAAUUCAUAAAUAGUUGAAUUAUUUUGGUUACACUAUGUAAGUAACUUACCACCAAGAGACAUGUCAAUUUAUUUCAUAAUUGCAUUUAAUCCUAACUUCUUGUAAGGACUGCAGAUAAAUAGUAAAGUGUGAAGUUUCUUAGGAUUGGUUACACAGCAACAAAAUAAAAUAGAUUUUUAAAAAGCUCGCUAAUAAUACCAUUGACGUGUGAGAAAAUUGUGACUUUAUUUAAAUAACUUUAUAUUUAUUCUAAUGACUCAAUUUUUAAUAUCAAUAUAUUAUCUGUAACUUUAAAAAGCAUGAGUAUUUACAGUAUGCAACUAGUUAUUUUAUAAAAGCAAAUAUAGUAUACAAUUUAAAAAAUUGAAGAUUGUAGUAAAAUGUGUUUCAGGUUAUGUGAGUUUUCACACAUACGGCAAGGGUGGUGAAAUUUAGUUAAACAAAAUGUAUACAUAAUAAAAGAUCAAUGAACUCAAAUUUUAAAUAAUUUUAUUUCACAGCAUUAUCCGGUCGAUUGGGUACAAGAUAUGCCAUUAGAGCAACACAAGGUCACAAUCAAUGGUCUUUUGGGGGAAGCCGCCUUAACCAAGGACAGUCAGGAGCAACUAAUCCCACCAAAGUGAAAGGCCGCUUCAUGUUGGAUGCAGAAGCCUUAACUUGCCUUUUGGUGCUGCUUUUCAUUGAUGAACCAAAGCUGAAUACCACACGCCUGCAUCGAGUGCUUCGUAACCUGUGUUAUCAUGGACCAACCAGGGCAUGGCUUAUUCGUGCCCUAUUGUCAAUUAUACAGAAAGCUGGAGACAAUGCUACAACCAGCCAUAUGGCUAAUAGCCUGUAUUUGGAAGCGGCUGUUACACCUAAUUUUAAGGACAAAGGGAAAGGGAAAAAGUCUGCUUUAUCAGCAGCUGCAUCAUCAGUUACAUCUUUUUCUUCAACAACCUCAUUUGACUCAUUAGUAUCUAUGCAAUCAGAAAGUAGCCUGGCUCCAACAACCAACCCGCAUCCCUCUUCAGUUAAUACACCAUUAGGCAUCGGAUCCACCAACCCUACCAGUACUGGUGGAAGUGGUUACUGGUUGUCCAUCAGCUUGGAAGCAGCUCUAGGCUGUAGGGCAAAUGUCUUCCAAAUUCACAGGACCUCUGGUAAAAAACUUAGUAGCUCUGCUCCUGCACAGGUUAGCAUACAUCCACAGGCAGCUCCUGUUGUUUGUAGACAUGCACUAGACACUCUUAUUUCUUUGGCAAAAAUUUUCCCAACUUACUUCCUGCCUGCAGGAAAAGUGAAAGAAUUAAACAAAUGUGAUGGUAGUAAGGAGGAAGAUCCUGAAAUAUCAGGAUCUAAAAAGCCUAAUACAGGCACCCAAGCUGCAGCUCAGUCUAGUCCUAAAUCCACACGAGCAGCUUCAGAGAACUCUGCCAGUUCUGGAACCUCAGCACGUCAUGAUCCCAAGAAUGACAAUGAUUUCUGGAAUAUUCUUGUCAGAUUGGACAAUGCAUCCUGUAAAAGCAAAGGAAAAGGUCAGUAAUUUUUGUAAGAUUUUAAAUUUUUUUAAUUAAAUUGAAAAUUUAAGAACCUUGUUUUAAAAAUAGCAAAACAUUCAACAUUUCAAUAGCACAUUUUUGUGUGGUAUUUAUUUGUUUACAUAAGAGAUAAAUCUUUACCUACUGAAUUUUUCUUUGUUUGGACCAAUUUUUCUUUGUUUGGACCAAAUGAAAUUGAAAUUCCCUUUUGAUGAAAAAACCUGAUGUUGACAGACAUCAUGAAAGCUAAUUUCAAAACUAAUUGAUCAAUAACCUUUAAUAUCAAUGGAAAAAGAAUUGAAAGAAAAACUAAACUAUAAAUUAUAUCACAUUCAGGCGAUUUACUUUCUUGACAGUCAUAGAAAGAGAAUGAUAAACACAAAUUAAAUAACAUAAUUUUUCAGAAAUAAAAUAAUUUCUAAAAGCCUUCAAAUUUAAAUGAAAUAUAUAAAGAAAUAUUUCAUGUUGACAGCUCUAUUGUUAUUCAUUGGUGGUAUCUAAAAUAUAAUUUAUUUUCCAGUGAUCUUGAAAAAAUCCCAGAAAAUCCAUGAUUUCCCUAAGACUUAUAAGAUCUUUUAUUGCUGCAGUAUUCUUUGACUUUUCUUCCAUAAAUAUUUAUUGUAAAAUUGUGUCAUUAAAAAAACACCAAAAAAAUCUAUAUCUCUGGUUAUCCCAUAAUCUUUUGUUUUACUGUUUUUGUCUAAAAAUUUUGAUAGAAAUGAUUUAUCUGCGAAAGGUGGUUUUUGAAAAAAAAUGUUAAAAAAAAAAGUGUGUUAGCAAGGAACCAGAAGUUAUUGAAUUGGUUAAAACUUGUAUUUCCAGGUGUGCAGCGCAGCCACAGUGGAGCUUCAUCUGAGUCUGAGAUGUUAGCCACCGACUAUGCUACCAGUGCACUGGGACAACUCAUGUCCAUGCUAAAUCAUCCAGUUGUGCGGAGAAGCCAGCUGCUAACUGAUCGCCUGUUAAGGCUUCUGGGUUUAAUUGCAAUUAGCUUGCCAGACAAUACCCGAGCAUCCUUAGCAUCUACUGCCCCCUCUGUAACCACUUCUACGGCCAGGACUGCUGCAGCCACUACUGUUGCAGCUGUGACAGCAGCACCAACAGUUUCAACAGCUUUGAUUACACCAGCAGUCUCUGUUGCAAUACCCCCAAUUCCUCCUGCAGGGCAAGAAACUGCACAGUCUGGAAACCAAGGUAAUGUAUCAUUUUUCCUGACACCUUUCAUUAUAUUAAAUUUAAUUAUUUUAAAUUUUUUUGUUGCAUUUAUUUAAAUUAUUUUAGCAAUAAUUAGUAAAUGACUAAUUUUACUUACAGAAAGUCUUAAAUUACAGUCUUACAAAGUAUUGAUGCGAAAAUAAAUUAAGCGUUGACAGCGAGUUUGACCAUCACAUUUCUUAUUCUGACCUCUAAGGCUAACUUUUCUAUCAUUAGCAGGAGCAUCUUCAAGUGUUCAGGAAAAAACCAAGAAAAAAGAAGAUGGAGUCUCAGCUGCUGAAACUGACUUAGAAGAGGAGGAUAAUCCAAUAUUAUACAACCAGCUGAAAUUAGCAGUAGAGGUUUGUAUUAAUUGCCUUUGUGUCUUCUAUGGCUUUUUAUAAUAAUUUAGUUUGGUACCAUUUGUUUCCCAUAAUUGAUGGUUGGGAAAAUGUAUUUUAACCAACCCUCGCCACUACUGCACUAAAGGUCAAAUGAAAUAAUGCUAAUUUGUUCUUGCAUUUAUUUUUUUUACAGUAGAAAUCUUAAACUUGAUUCAACAUUUUUAUAUAAUGAAGUUGAAUAUUUUUUCUUAUUUAUGUUCGGACAGUAAUGUUUGAAUUAACUUGUAGAUAAUAAAGCUCUGUCAAUUUAUAUUGCAUAGGUUUUAACUUCUAAGUCAUGCUCUGAAGAAGGACUAGAGGAUGCUACAAAUUUGCUUCUGCAACUAUCAUGGGUCAAUACUUCCACGGGUGCUGCUGUUUUGGAGUUGCUUUUGUCAGGUGCUAGACAGCUAGGCAUGACAGUGUGUGGACAUAUAAACAGGUAUUAAAGAUAUCCCAUGGUGCAAAUAGAAAAAAAAAAGGCAAGCUUUUGAAAAUCCGAAGCCCUUUUGUGUUGUAUUGUUCUAUGUGUGUAGUUAAAAAUGCUACAGUCUGAAAUAACACUUAUUGGUUGUUGUAUUGUUCUAUGUGUGUAGUUAAAAAUGCUACAGUCUGAAAUAACACUUAUUGGUAAAGUUCACUGGUACAAAUAAAGGCUAAUUUGGAAAUGUUUUUUGUAGAGCACUUUUUCCACACAAAUCGGUUAAGAAAUAUUUUUAAAAAAUAUUUUUAAAAAUAACUCGACUGAUUGUCAUAAUUACAGUUUAGAAAUAUGUUGAAAAAAAAAAAUAAAUAAUUUUCCAGUUUGCUGGAGCAGUUACGAGAUCUGAAUUCUCGGCUUGGUUUUGAUAUGAUGGAUGAUGAUAAUAAUGGAGAAGUUAGUGGAGGAACUCCCACUUCAGGAGCAUCAGGGACUCUACAGCCUACUAAAGGAAUGCUUCAAGAUAGGUGAGUUGUUUUACAAAAUAACUUUAUAAAAUAGAUUUGUUGUCAAAUUAUGAAAAGGGAUAAAACAAAAAUCUUGACAGACAAUUAAAACAUGACUUGAACCAGUAGGAAAUAAUAUAUAAAAGCUAAGCUCUUUAAAGAAAAAUUGUUGUUGUUCAUCCUUCGCAUGUGAAAAUAACCAAGGCUAAUAUUACUCGGUGAGUACAUAGGUGGCCUGCCAGUACUAUUUCUGCCUGGAGAACUUUCCGGCUUGUGGGACACAGGUUGUUUUGGGUCCUAGUUGGAUUUGAGUUGAUUCUGCUUUUCCUUGCUGUGCGCUUUCUUUGGGCAUGAGCGGGUGUGCUUAUUUUCGGAGGAUUUUGCUCUGACAAUGAGUCUGCCGCGCCAGUUUGCAUACUCCAUAGCAAGUGCCUCCCACGAAUCAAGGUCAAUGUUCAUGAAUUUAGUGAAGCUUUAAGACAGUCCUUAAAGCAUAUUUUCUGCCCACCAGCUGAGCGUUUCCCACUGGAGAGUUCACCCGACAUUAGUCGUUUGGAAAGUCUACUGUUUGACACUCUUGCAAAUGCCCUGCUCAUGUGGCUUGUCCUUUUUGCAGGAGCGUGUGGAUACAGUCAGCCCAUUGUAGGACCUCUGUAUCAGGAACUCUGUCCUGUCAUCUUAUGCCAUGACGUUUAUGUAGACAGCGUAGGUGGAGAUGGUUUACCUGUCUUAGCAUGUCUGCUGUACACUGUCCACGUCUCGCUAGCACAUAUAAGUGAUGUUAGUAUGAUUGCUCUAUAUACUUUCAGCUUAGUGACAAGACGGUGACCCCUUCACUUCCCAACACUCAUGUGAAGGCUUCCUAGUGCAUAAUUUGCUUUGGAAAUUUUGUUUUUGAUCUCAUCAUCUAUUGUUUCUGACCUGGAGAGGUUGCUGCCCAAAUAUGUGAAUUUUUCUACUGCCUGGAGGUUAUGCCCCUUCACUGAUGUUUUAGGUUCUUUAUAAGCUUUCCUCUGAGCUGGCUGGUGAAAGAUUUCUGCUUUUUAUACUGAUGGCUCGGUCAUAGUUGUAGCCGCAGACCUAGUCGAAGCGAUCAAGUGUUGCUGCAUUUUCAGUUCAAACCUUGCAUUUAGGGCAGAUUCCUCAGCAAACAAGAGGUCUCAAAUAACCGUUUCUCUAACUUAUGUAAUAGCAUGCAGUCUCCUAAGAUUAAAUAGCCCUCAGCUUGUCCUGUAUCUUAUAAGCAUGUCAUUAUUUUCAAGAAAAGCAUCAGUCAACAUUGCUGAGAAUACCAUGCUAAAAAGUGAUGGGGCUAGACACAGCCUUGUUUUAUUCCAUUAGUUACAGGAAAAGCCACAGACUCAUCUUGGAUGGUUGACCUAGGGUUAGAUCAUUAAUAGACAGAUAAUUGGCCUUUGGAUAUCAGUAAAGGCUAUCCAUAUGUUAGAUUUAAAUGUAGAUGGUUUUAAUAUCUUGAAUGUAUUUUACACAGGUUUUUAACAAAUUUGUCUUAAAAUUGAUAUUUGCAAGUUUCUUGUUGGGCCAUUAGUUUCUUUAUUUGUUACAAAUUUUGUCUUUCUACAUUUUGCACAAAUAUUAGCUGUAUUAUUGUUAGUUAUUAUUAAAUAAUAGAAAUAACCCACCAAAAAUGGGGGAGGCAAUGUGGAAACUUCCCAUCUACUAGAGUUACGUGGCAAAACAUCUAAUCAAAUAACGCAAAUUAUAAGAAUACCAAUUAGUUCUAACUUCUGGUAAUUUUAUUUUGCAUGCCUAUUGAACAGAGGGUUACAGACGUACAUAAUUAUUAUUAGUGAUUAAUUACAAUACACAUUUUCAACGUGCAAAACAUAUUUAAUUUACAAAAUAUAAUAAUCAGCAUCUGCCAAUUGCUAAUCAGUAGAUUCUAUUUGGAAGCCCAAAGGUGCUAAGAUUUUCUGUUUUAAGAAAAUUGAUGAUUUUUUAAAUUCUAGUUAAUUAAAAUGUAAAACCAAUUUUUAAAAUACUAGUUACUUGACCAGAUUUUUUUUGCUUUUAUUUGUCAAUGAGCUUUAAUACUUAGUUACAAGAUGAAUUUUUAUUAAAAGUUAUAAAUGUUUAAAAAAAGUUAAAUUUCAUAAAAAAGUCUAAAGUUGAUAAAAUUCUUGUCUACUUACUGCCUCCCAGAACACAUGCUGUAACUUUUGUAAAAAGUUCAUAUGAUAAUAGUAUAUAAUAGUUGCUAUAUUAUAUUUGAAUUUAAAAAAAAUUGAUUUAGAUUUGCAAGUGGAGCAAACAUUGUUUUAUCUGCACCUACUAAAUUGAAAACUGGCAGAGAACUUCAGCUCCCAUCUAUGUCUCAACUUACAAGCAAAACAUCUGGACAACAAUUUUUCUUGAGGAUACUAAAAGUAAUAAUUCAGCUGAGAGAUGAUGCAAGAACAACUGGAAACAAGCACAAGAAACCUACAAGCAGAGGAAGAGGUAAACAAUUCAUUUACUUUUUAGAUUAUCAGAAUUGUUCUAUAGCUUUAAAAUCUAUUCAAUCAGGGCCUCAUUUUUUUAGUGCAUGCUGUAAGCUCUGACACCUUAAUUAACAGGCGUUUGAGCUUUCUUUAAAAGAGAAACUUAAGAUAGAAACUUUAUUUCUAAUUCUAAAGUUUAAAAGAAAAAUAGUAAUCUCUUAGAGAACUAACUAGCUGAAGGUUGUAUGCCUUAAUUACUAAUAAAAAUGCUAUUACAUUUGUCAAAAGCACAUUUUGAGCAAAAAAUAUUACAGUCUUUGGAGAUUUUACAACUUAUUCUUAAACUAUGUAUUUUUAUGACAUUCAGUUCAAAAUCUGUUCCCUUUUAGUUUAAAAAUUAAGAGAAAGUCAGUGACUCUGCUUUUUGAGAACAUUUAGUUAUAAAACAAACUAAAGUUUCUUUGUGUAUGAGUUUUCAGACUUUGCCUCAAUUUUGACCACAAAAAAAAAAAGAAAGGUUCACUGGUCUGUUCCUCUUUACAGGUCGUCCAGGCAUUGAACAAAUCCAUGCUAUUCUGAAUUCUGUAGUCGAUGAUGACUUCCUUAACUUCUUUGGUGACAAUCAGAUGUUGCCUGAUGCUCCAGCCGCAUCAAAUACUCUUGCUCCUCUUGCAGGCCGCACUGCCUCUACCACUACCAACAGGUCAUCAAUACCAGAUGUUCCCACCGUCAGUCAGUCUCAAGCCAGCCAGGGACAUGAAGAAGCCUCAAGAAGUGUAGAACUUCCAAUGGAAGUUGAUUCACAGGCUACUGGUGGGGGUAUGUUUUUCAAAUGUUGGAGAAAAAAAUGCAGUGAUAGUCAAUUUUCUGAAUUUAUCAUGAAAUUGGAUUUCCUAAAAUAUGUAAAUCCUGAAAAGAUGUACUAUGAUUUAGAAAUAGUCAAGUCAAAUACAGCUGAAUAGGUUUCACAUUACUUUAGAUGCCUUGUAUUAAAUUUUUCUUUAUUGAAUAUUAAAUGCAUCAGAACGUUGGGUCUUCAAAGAUCUUUUUUAAAAUUUUGGAGUAAAUUUAUCAGGUUUAAUAUUUUUGUUUCUUACUUAUUGGUUUCUCGUUGACAUACAUUUCAGCCAUAGGAGCUGACAGCGAAAGCAAAGUUUCUGAUACAACAUCCUCCAUCACUCAAACCGCUGGUUCUCCAGCACUUCCACGUCUUAGUGAGCAGCUAGGCCUUGAAGACCUGUGGUCAACUCUGGGGAGCUGUCUAGCAGAACUUGCACGUACACCGGACCACCAUGCAGUUUUAAUCUUGCAACCAGCUGUGGAAGCUUUCUUCAUAGUUCACGCAGGUCUGAAAUGCUGACUUAAGGCCAUUAAAAUAUUUAUGUAUGAAAAUACUUUUUAAAAAAACAAAAAAACAUGACUCUUAAAUUGGCGUUUCAAUUAAAAAGUUAUCUCGAACAUUUUAGAGUAUAGAAGAGCAGGGCUUUGCAUUGUUCUAAGGUUUCAGGACAUCAACAAAUAUUCAUUUCCCUACCCUUGAUCCUUUUUAACUGUAUUUAAUUGUUUUUCUUUCUUUUAAAAAUAAUAUUUUCCCCCACUGAAAACUGGGUAUUUCAUUACCAUAACACCAAUCACUAUUGAUUAGGAGAAAAAGGCAACAAAACCAGUGAACAGCCAGCGUCAAAAAGAGAGGAUCAGUUAGCCCACUUAAAUAUGGAGAUGGCACCACCUAGUCCAUCACCCGGACCCUCAUCUGCUGAAGGACCACUGUCACAGUUAGCAAGAGACAACUCGGGCAUUGCCAUGGCUUCCAUAACUCACCUUCCACCAGAUACGCAGAAGUUCCUUAAGUUUGCAGGUAUUUGUUGCUUUAAUUGCUCCUUGAUUAUCAUACCUCAAUUUAAAGAUUUAGGUGAAAAUAUUUCUUAAACCAUCGAAUUUCACCUUAGGACGAUAAUCUUCAGCAAUUAUUGUAAUAUUUUGGGUCACAAGACUGCUGUGGAGUAUGUAAGGAUUUCCAAGAUGGUGGAUGAGAAUAGAAAAUUAACAAUCGAUGGUAACAAAAAUCAAUGAAACUUAUUUUGAGAAUUAUGCAGUCUGAGAACAACGUUUUCCUUUUCAAUUAGGAAACAGUCAAGUCAAAGACUGCUACAUUAUUUUUCAGACAACCCUUAACAUUUUUGUUUAUGAUAUCAGAUUCAAAAUGUGUUGUCUAAUACAUUUUGCCUUUUUUUUUAAAUUUGCAAUUUAAAAAAAUCUGUAUGCAUGUCAAACAAUCUUGAGGAUGAAUAGAAAAUACUAGUGUCUAUUUAAAUAUGUUUAUUGCCAUAUUUAUAAAUCCACUUGAAAUUAUAGAGACCCACAGAACAGUGUUAAACCAAAUUUUGAGACAGUCAACACUGCCAUUAGCCGAAGGACCCUUCUCAGUACUAGUGGACUACACCAGAAUUCUGGACUUUGAUGUAAAACGUAGAUACUUCCGACAGGAACUGGAACGAAUGAAUGAGGGUGCAAGAAGAGAGGAUUUGCCAGUACAUGUUCGUAGGUCACAUGUCUUUGAGGACUCUUUCAGAGAACUGUUUAGAAGAACCCCUGAAGAAUGGAAGCAAAGGUUCUACAUCGUAUUUGAAGGUAUUUAUAUUUUUUAAUCCACAGGCUUUUAAAUAAUAAAGAGAACUAAUUUCAUAUUAUAGAUUAAAGUAGAUAAAAGUUUCAACGUUCAGAGACUUCAGCCUAAUGAUGUUAGAUAACAUUAACUCAUAUGCACAUAUGAUGUGUAGCAGAAAUUUUUAUUCACUUUCAAUCAGAAUAUACAUUUAUUUGCUUUACCAACAUAUUUUGUCAUAAACAUUAUGUUAUAAAUUGCUGCAAAAUCUAAUUCUUAAAUUGCAGCAAAGUAUACAAUGCUUAAAAAAUUAUAUUUGCCUUUUAAUAAGUUGCAAGAUUAUUUAUGAUAUUGAAUUGAUUUAUUGUUUUAACACUUGUACUUAAAAUAUUGUUCCCAGGUGAAGAAGGUCAGGACGCAGGUGGACUGUUAAGAGAAUGGUAUAUCAUCAUUUCUCAUGAGAUUUUCAAUCAGAAUUAUGCUCUCUUCCUCACCUCACCUGGAGACCGUGUCACCUACAGCAUAAAUCCUUCGUCCCAUUGCAACAGCAAUCAUUUAAGCUACUUUAAAUUUGUUGGCCGCAUAAUAGCGAAGGCCGUCUAUGACAACAAGCUUCUUGACUGCUACUUCACGAGAUCCUUCUAUAAACACAUGCUGGGCCUGGCUGUCAAGUACACCGACAUGGAAAGUGAAGAUUAUGCUUUCUAUCAAGGGCUUGUCUUUUUGUUGGAGAAUAAAGUCACAGAUCUUGGCUAUGACAUCUUCUUCAGUACAGAGGUGAACUAUGUAUUCAAUGUUCUGUCGUUUUAUUAUUUUUUUUUCAUUUUUCCCCGUUUUAAAAUGUAUUAUCCUACUUUGAUAAGAAUGUAUUUUAUUGGUUGUUAAAAUAUUCAAGAAAACAUUUUGCCAUAAUAUUUGUUUCAUAUACCUAGUCUAGUGAUUUAUUUGUAAUAUUGUUAUUUUAUAUAUAUUUCACUGUUACCAUUGUUUUUUUUAAUGUGUCGGCCAUGAAUGGUCAAAAAGUCAAUUGAACUUUUUAGAGCUAUGCAUUCUGAGAACAACGUUUUCCUUAUAAAUUAGGAAAUAGUUAAGUCAAAGACUGCUACAUUAUUUUUCAGACAAACCUUAACAUUUUUUAAAAUCUGAUAUCAGAUUCAAAAUAGGUUGUCUUAGACAUUGUGCCUUUUUUUCCCUUUACUCUUAAAAAAAAAAAUAUAAGAUAAAAAAAUCCAUACGAUAUCUCCAUUAAACUUUACUAAUUGUCUUUAAUUUCAGAUCCAAGAGUUUGGUGUGACAGAGACCAGAGAACUCAUUACAAAUGGCUCCAAUGUAUUGGUAACUGAUGAAAACAAACGGGAAUAUGUUAAGCUGGUGUGUCAAAUGAAAAUGACUGGUGCCAUUCGACAGCAGCUGAAUUCUUUCCUUGAAGGUUUUUAUGACAUCAUCCCCAAGAAAUUGGUAUCUAUUUUCACUGAACAGGAGCUGGAACUGCUUAUCUCGGGCCUACCCACAAUUGAUAUUGAUGACCUCAAGGCAAAUACAGAAUACCACAAAUACCAAGCAACUAGCUUACAGGUAUGUCCAUAGCCAUUGUUAACAAACUUGUCUUAUUAAUAUUCCAGUCUUUCAACCUCAGCAUGAUGUUAAUGACACUGUUUGCAGCUCAUUUCAUUCCCCCCUGAACUGCAUGUAGUAAGCCACUCACCUGCCACUCACUUGUUCCAGAUAAAAGAAAAUCUCUGUUUGAACCUCUGUUUGUGACUUUACAACCUUUUCUUUUUGAAAACUCUUAUUAUUCCUUCAGUAUUUGCUAGUUAUCUUUACCUAUUAUUCCUUCAGUAUUUGCUAGUUAUCUUUACCAAAGUUAAUUGACAUGAAUUUCAAAACUAAGCUAAUUCUGGCCAUCAGUAAUAGUCACUCGAAUAGUAUUGGUAAUUUCUAGUACAAGUUGGGAGAAUAGGGUUAAUAUUUCCAUUUCUUUUCAAACAAUAUUAAAAAGUAUAAUUUUAAACUAUAUGACCACUAUCUACAGAUCCAGUGGUUUUGGAGAGCUUUGCGAUCUUUUGACCAGGCUGAGCGGGCCAACUUUUUGCAGUUUGUCACUGGCACAUCUAAAGUCCCAUUGGGUGGAUUUGGAAACUUGGAAGGGAUGAAUGGAACUCAGAAGUUCCAGAUUCACAGAGAUGACAGAUCUACUGAUCGCCUCCCUUCAGCUCACACCUGGUAUGUUUUUCACCAAUUUUGGUCUAAUCAAGUUUAGAGCUAUCGACUGCUUAAACUGCAUUCACAAAAAAUACACAGAUAUAUUUUUGAAAUACUAUUUAAUAUUAUUAAUUAUUUCAAUACCUUUCAUGUGUUGUCAUUAGCUUUACUUUUAAAACCAAAUAAUCUGUUCAAAAGAGUUAAUUAAUGAAAGACUUGAAGGUUAUAGACAUGCGCUAUGCAUCCUUUCAAAUAGUGAACUAGUCCGAAUAAGUCAUGGAUGGUCCUUAAUCACACUUAUAUUUAUAGGGAGGAAUCAAGUCAUUUGCAGUUGUUUUCUUUUCCAAGUUAAUUCAAGAACAAUCAUUGGCAUAUUGAGCUUUUGCUUCACAUAAAUUUGUAUUAUCAAGUUGCAAAUUUAGAAUUACAGUACUUUUGGGUGCCAUAAUUGUAAAUAUAUUCAUCUCUCAACAGCUUCAACCAGCUAGACCUUCCAGCAUAUGAGACGUUUGAUAAACUUAGGAAAAUGUUGCUGUUGGCUAUUAGUGAAUGUUCCGAAGGAUUCGGUUUAGCAUAAAUGUGUAGCGGCCCCUAGUUGUAAAGUUUUUCCCAACAUCGGUUGACUGUAAAUAUUCUGUACAUGGGCCUGUACCUGUGGUAGGAAGACAAAAUCCGUAAAGUUUAGAGUAUUUAAAUAUAAUGCUAUGUGGUUCUCUCCCUCGCCUCAACUGACUGAUACUACUAAUGUCAUCAGUACUGAUAUGUCUUUUUGAGACUGUCAUCAAUAUUGACAUGACCACAUGGCCCCCAUUGAAACUGUAAAUACUGAGUUGGACUGAUUUCAACUGUACAUAAUUAUAGUCAAUAUGUGAAAGUUGCUUCACCAAAUAUAAAAAAAAAGUUAUGAGCCAACAGAUGACCCUUGAAAUGAUCCUGCCAUCUGGCUCAGGUUUUAUGGCCCAUUUCUUGAACUUGCAACCUGACCUCAACAGUGUUUAUUAUCAACAAAUGUACAAUUGGGUUAGUGGAGAUCGUUAUCAUAGCAUUAUUACAUCCCAAACAAUGUCUGUGAAACCAAAGCAAAACAAUAAAUAGAAUUGAAAUGUGGAGCUAUAUUUGAUUGUUGGUUAACAUUUUCUAGUAUUGUUGUUAAAAAUUUGUUUGUACAUAGAUUUAAAAAAAAAAGACUCAACAAAAACAUGUUAAUGCAUUAAAUUGAUAAUAAUGACUUUUGCUUGAUGAUUUAUUUGGUUGACAAAAGAAAUUUGGGAUAAAGGCUUUUGUUAAUUUAGACUUGUCCUAGUAUUAACUUUUUGACUUCAUGUUUUGUGUUGAUUGAAUUACUAUUUUGAAAUCAAUUCCUUAUAGUACAAUACCAGUCUGUCCAUCUGUGAGUGUGUGUUUCUUCAAAGAUAUACAAUUAACAAGUGUCUAAUUUAUGUAUAAUGUAAUGCCAAUGCACACUUUCAUCUCGUAUUAUUUUUAUAAGCUUCUUUUUAAAUGUUUAAUUUAUGAAAAGUCUGUCCUGAGGGUUCAUAAUAAAAUACUGGACACUAAGACACUGAGCGGUAGUGGUGGGAUCCUCAUCAAUUGAAAUGGUCCAUGAGUAACUAAGGCUUGUGGAGGUCACAACUUCAUUAGCUAUCAGAGAAACCAACCAACUUUAAAGCUUACUGUGCCACUAUACAAUCUACAAAGAAAAGCAUUUAUCUGUAGUUGUAACAUGUGUUGAACCAUUGGUUGUGUUUGAGUUGUUUGAUCUUCACACCACUGCUUCUCUCAUCAAACAACCUUACCUUUUUGUUCUAACAUUUUAUUCACCAAGAUUUUUUGCAAAUGUGUACAUUUUAUUUGAUAAUCUUAUGUGCUUUUCAUUAAUUCAAUAAAGUAUUGCUUUGUUACGCAUUCCAUUCCUCUUUUCUAUCUUUGAUGCCUAAUGUCCUCUGUGAAGUUGCAUUGCAGUAUCCCAGUAAAUUGUGUACUGCGCUGAAAGUAAGUCAGAAAUAGGUCCUGUAUUAAUAAUAGAUAAUCCAACAUCCAUAAUUGAUACAAGUGUUUGGUACAGGCAUUUCAAAGGUGAAUGAAUACCUUUUGGUGUUGCCAAUUGAGUAGAUCACCUAGGUCCUUGACCUUGUUUAUUGUUUGGAUCACUGCCAAGCUCAUAGUCAUAGCCUUUGUUGGCAAGUUAAAGUGAUUGGAUUCAAUCAUGCUUCUCCUCCUUCCCCCCACCCCCAUUUAAUUUAAUUAAUAGUUUUGGUACCCUAAAGUCAAGUAAAAAUUAUUGGACGUCAACACAUAUAUUUUAAAUCCAGAUCAUUGUUAGAAAUAGUCGAAACAAAUCUUCACCAUAAUUAUCUACCAGUAAUAUGUACAUACCAAACUUGAUUUACCGGUAAUAAUAAUAUCAACUAAACAGAUGUUUAGAAAAAUGAUUUUCUAUUACUUAGUGAACAAUUUUCAAUAAUCGAUGUCAUGACAUGAUACAGUUGUGUACAGUACAUCUUGUCAUUUGUAGAGUGUUGUGACUGGUUGUGUUAGUUUUGGCAAAACAAUAGCAAGAAUGAACUUUUUGUGCCAGCAUUUUUCAAAUAUUUUAUUUGAAUUAUACUAUAUUAUAGCUUUUUUAUGACUUAAUUUGUGUCGACCAGGAAGAGGGUUUUACAGUUGGAGAUGACAACUGUUUGUUUUUGCUUGUUAACUUAAGCUAACACGUGUUACAUCUUUUGACAUUUUGUACAUAUUCAAUUUGUUAUUAUUUCAUUGAGACCCGAUAAAAACUAGUAGUCUUCUUUAAUAUGGUAUUGAUAUUUGACUCUGACCGUCAUAACUGGACAUGACAAGUUUGGGUUGUCUGCAUUCUCAUCAUUCAAACACUGUUAGUACUCCUUUCAUUAUUAUCAUUAUUAUUUCUUGUGACUUGCUUCCUUUCCUUGCCUAAUUUCGUCCUCUACGUUUGUUAGUUUUGGUUUCUUGUGCCGAGACUUUAAUUUGUUGUUGAUUGGGCAUAGAUUCUGUGUUUGUCACUCUUGAGUCUAUGGUGGAACAGCAUGGUGAAAUAAAAUUGUUUGAAAUUUCUUUAAGAUUUUUUGUUGUUGUUUAGAUUCAGUGGAAACUUAAGAUCACUGAAUUGGCUCUAAAAUAAAUCUAAAAACAACAC